AACUUUUAGCGCGUUUAAAAGCCAAAAUGUAUGGACGAGCUCCAAGAGUGACUUUUACGACACCGAGCAGUACUGCAGCUACAGUUGGUCCCGGGUCAUACGACAUCACCGGGUACAAGACAACAGCAGAAGGUAAGGUAAUUUUUGUGUGUACAUGCUCGUAUUGGAAACAAAACAAAGGAAAUAUACAUGAGGGUUGAAAUGGGAUCUGUCAGCCAACUUUUGUUUUUCUAUGUUGCAGAUGGCUAUGCUCCAUUUUUGUCUUUGACCAGCAGACAACCACUUAUCAAUGAGUCUAGUAAGAUGGUACCAGGACCUGGACUGUAUGACUCCUCUCCUGUCAAGGUAGUGUUCAGCCCAGACAUUUCACAUAGGGGAGAGUGGGGUAAGUUGAGCCACCCCCUGUUGCUUGGAAAUGGUAAAAGACAUUGAUCAUGUGACCAAAUAUUUAGGAGAUGGGCAUCAAUUCAUGGAGUCUGUGAAGGUUAGAAACACAUGGGUGAAGGGGUUAGACAUUUAUUUACAAAACACAUUUUUCACUCUUGAAAGUGAAUUUAGUCUGUCAUAAGUUUGAUUAGAAUUGUGUUCAGACCAAAAAAGAUCAUUUAAAAUUUGUUUUAUACAUCAAUUGUGGUAUCUAUGAGCUACAACAUGAGGUCAAAAACCUAACAUAAAAGUCCACCAUUUUAGUUUAGAGGACUAAUAAAGUCAUAAUACAACUUAUAAAGUGUAAAUAAUAAAGUGGCUCAACUGAGAAAGUAAAGAAGUCUGAUGAGAGGAUCAGCGUUUCAGUUCAGAUUGUUAAAUUGUGUUACCUUUUCUAUUCAAGAAUACAGCUGUGAAUCUUCUGAACCACUUAGCAGUUAUAUGCAAUGAUAAUAAAAAGAAUUAUUGUACCAGUUGAAUAGUGUAUAAUCGAUAAAAAUACACAUGAAUAUGAAGAAGUGACUGUUAUUUAAGGAGAGAGAAGGUGAGGGAGGGCUGGGGUGGAGAGUGGGGGGGUAGUAGGGAUAUGGCUCAACUUACCCCGCUCCUAUGGUCAUCUUACCCCAUACACGGGUUAAGUCAAGACAGUUAUGUUUACACUCCUUCUGUUGGUUUGCAGGGAUGCACAACAUCUUGAAAUAUAAGAAGAUACACUAGUCAGAGACAAAACUAUGAUUGUCUUGAUGUAGUGAUCAAAAUAUGAAAAAUGGCUCAUCUUACCCCAUUCUCCCUUACAGUUAAGGUGCCAUAAAAGCAGCAAAACUGUAGUGGGGAAUUACAGUAUGAGCACUUAAAAUGUUGACAUGACAGUCCUUUAAGUUGCUAAAUUCAUACUUGUUUCCCUGUGUCUGCUUGCCUCUCCUCGUUGUCUCCUUAGCCGAAUGUUCAUGGUGGCUGCAGUCUUCAGAACCGCUCCAAGCGCUUUGAGGAAGUAGUGUCAAAGGUUCCCGGUCCUGGGGCCUAUAAUGUGCUGCCCGCCUCAGGAAACACACUCAGGGUGGGGCCAGUUAAUGCAGGACAGGCCCAGAACCUUGGCAGAAAAAUGGUAAGCAUAUGGCCGAAGUGUGAAUGCUGUGUAAAAGACCAGUCCAGCUAUAGAGAGUUAUUUACAAGUGAUUCUCUCCCUUCUGCCCGUUGGAGUGUCCACACACAGUAAAUUAGCUUUUGUAGUGCAUUUCCUUUGUGGAGUAUGUGCAGAAAACUGUCGUCUUAUAUUAACAGGGUGGAGACUCACCCUCACUAAAUUUCACAGGCAGUGAUUUUGAAGUGUGUUUCUCUGGCGAACAAAGGUAGUUUCUCAUACGCCAAACAGCAAACAGCCAAAUAUAAAACUUUUCCGGGCGCUGUGUUCUGUGAAGUGUCGUUUCUGUGCCAUUUGUUAAACAAAUGAUAUGUAUAGAAGCACCUCAUCAAACUGUGGUGACCGUCAAUACUUUCAGACGGUCAGUCAAAGCUUAUCUUCUGCCAUCUGCAGACCACUUAUCGGUUUUUGGGACUAAGCAAAUACAAUUUUAAACCUUUUGAGGGUCUCACUUAUCAGUUAGGAAACAGAUAAAACUCAGCUUGGUUUAUUUGAUUUAACAUUUAAACACUUAUCACACUAAGAAAAUAAUUCUAACUGGGAUCAAGGCAAGUUUCGGAGAGUAACCAUCACAUAACUAUUAUAGAUGCAAAUCAGAUGACUGUAAGCGUUAAGGUCUGGUAAUUUAACAAACUCAUACAUAGACUAAGACAGAAGGAUAAAAAUAUGGUUACCCUUUAAAAAAAAAGUUUGUUUUUGUGCUUUUUUGCCUUUAUUCAGACGACUGGACUGAGGAUAGUGUUAGAAACUGUGAGAAGACAGUGAGGGAUGACAUGAGGCAAAGGCCCUCACCAGCAGUACAGCUGUGGUAGGGGAACAGAUUAAGAUCAGUCUGGCUAAGUUGUACUUUACAUUCACCUGCUGUGUUAGAUUGAUGUCCAGAUUAUGCAGACACAGGUAAGACUGACCUCGAGGCUUUUAUCUGAUGUGGUCUUCAUUCUGACCACACCAACGUACACGAGGGAUUGACUUAACCCUUUUGUCCCUGUAGGAGAAAAACAAUCCCCCUUUUUUCAUCAUUCUUUUAUUCUUCAUCCUUUUGCCUCUCCUGCGUUUCUUUUUUGUUGUUUGCCUUUCUCUCUCUGUCUCUGUCCUUUUCUUUUCAACUUCAGCCUCAGAUUGGCCCCUGGCAUUGUUUGGCCACUUUGUAAUCCAGGGCACUCUUUCCAUCCCCAACCCUGACUCCUCUCCACACCCUUUCUCUUUCUCUCUGUGCAGUGGCUUCAGGCCAAAAGUCUGAGACCGGUUCGCCAGUCAGAUAUCCCAUCCAUUCCUUCCCCGGGCCAAGCCUAUGGCUAUGAGGAGGACGCCGUAGGUGUGCUUAGCAAGCAGCAGCCCCCUCCCAGAGACACAACCCUGGGGCCAGCCUACUACAAUCCAACGCUGGUAUGAACAGAUAUGCACACACUCACACACACGCUUAUGUUGGAAUCUGAAUAUACAUCCAUCAGAAAAUGAGAAGUAGUGAUUUGUGCACACGUGUGCUUUCAUUAGUCAGUACGAGUGUGUGUCUGAGUGUACUCAGCCUGCCCGCAAGGCGAGGUCCAUUAGUGUUAGGCAGAUCUAAUGCACCACUGACACCCCCCACCUGCACUUCAGUCAGUUGGCCCAAAACCCAUUUCCAUAGCUAAUGAAUGCAGCUCCACUUUAAAAAAGCCGCAGCACACCAAUGCUCAUCCAUUUUACAUGCCAACAAAGAGAGCCAUUAGUAAUUAUUCUCCUAGCGAUAUUACAAUAUUCACUUAAAAUAAUGCACAUGCCUGCUGGCCUGGCUCUCAAUUAAGUCAUUUCUCAUCUGUUAAUGACCACAGAAAGUCAACAGCGUCCUUGAGUGUUGGCCGAGGUUGUGUCAACACACCAGCGCAGGCACAGAGGCGCGCUGUGAUUUAGGGCUAUCAGCAGUUCAUCCAUCUGAGGCUCUUUUUUUUUUUGUCCCAACUUCUGUUCAGCUCUCACUUUGAAAGUUUAGCCUCUGUUUUUUUUUGUGUGUCUCCUUCUAACACAUUUCUGUUUCGAAAGUCAAAUGGUUUUUCCACCCCAUGCUGCUCGGACAGAGUUCAAAAGUGCAGAGUGGCGGAAUUAAGUGCCUAUCUGAGGAUGUGACUUCAAAGUGGCCAGAGCGGCCUUUGAAUGAUAAGGCGUGAGACAGAUAUCAAAGGAGCAAAGCUUUUUUCUGUCUGAAGGAUAUUGAGUAAACAAAAAGAUCUGCAAGAUUUUUUUUUGUCCAAGGUUCAGUUUGAUAUCGACAAAGCAAGACUUAACUGCCUCUAAAACUUUGUUAACAAGGUUGAAGAUGACUAAUUGAUGAGUGUGUUGCCGGUGACGCACAUAUCUGUGGAGCUCAAAGACAGACGCCCCAUUAGAUCAGUAGUUAUGCUGCGUUCGAGUUACCUAGGAAGUCAAACACAUCUACGAAAGUUAUUUUAGCACUUGCCUUGUCUGAAUAUAAGCAAAAUCGGUGCUUAGCUAGGACAAGGCAGCACCAAAAUAACUUUAAUAGAUGUAGCCAUCUUGUUUCUGCCUACAAUUUUGCUUUCUUCCGACUUGGUAACUGAAACUCUGGUAACUCAGGUGUGACAUCAUUCCCAGCUCAGACCUCUUACUUCUGAGGUAACUCGAAUGCAGCAUUAGCUCCUGCACAGGGUGUCAAAAGUUUUAUUAAAAUGUCGGUUCAAUUUCCACCUUUGCCAGAGCAUCAACUAUGUCGCCCAUUUGACUCCAGUCCUAACUCAUUGCGCCUACUUUCCAAUUCAGUCAUACUGUGAAAAAUUCAGAACUCAAAGCUUCCCAUCUGUGCCACUAAAUUUAAAACUAAUGCUCUGUAUUAAAGACUGAAUUUCCCCGCCGUGGAGAGUGGAGAAACCAGAGUCUGAAAUCUGAAAAGUACCUCCUUAAUGUAUGUCUUUAUUUAGUAUUUUAAUGAAUGUUACAGAGAUACCCAAUCCAAGACAGGACAGUGUAUUGGACAGGCCCCACAGAGGAUCAGAUUUUACUGUGAGAAGGGAAUAUGAGGAUGCCGUGGGUCAGAUUGUGCUCCUUCUGUGCAUUUUAAACCAUUCUUGGUUGUUUUUUUGUAACCUGGCUGGGCCAUCCAGUUGCGUGAAUCACUUGCCGUUCCUUCCCACAACAGUCUGGACUUCGGCCAAUUGGGAGCGAAUAUUAGAAAUCAGAAACCGGGCCAAUCAGUGACUGUGUUUCCACUGUUCUCCGGACAACAGUGAAAGGCAGCCCCUGAUUGGUCCAUGUGUAGAUGGUGAUGUCUAACACAUGCUACAGGACUUUUCAAAGCGCCGUUCAUUCAGAACGCCGUUAAUUCUGCAGUUGACUUUGCGUUUAUAUCCGCAGAAGAAGACGUAAAGACAUUGUUUGCUCGCACACGUUGAAAUAUUACCAAACCUUUACUUGAUGCUUGAGAGCCCAGCAGGGAACACAGUUGCGCACUGUGAUGACGUCAGAUGUUUGGUUACUGUGAUUGGCUACAGUAGUCUGUCUAUCAAGGAAAGUACUCCCGCCCACUUUUAGGGCUCCCAAUUGGCCAAAGUCCAGACUGUUGUGGGAAGGAACGGCAAGUGAUUCACGCAACUGGAUGGCCCAGCAAGGCUAGUUUUUUCGGCCCUGACAAUUUCAGCCAGCCUAAUGCUGCGUUCAGGUUAACUCGGAAGUCAGAUGUCCAAGCUAAAAAAAAGACGUCACACCCGGGUAACCGGUGUUUUGGUUACCAAGUCGGAAAAAAGCAAAAUCCUUGUUAUAUUCAGACAAGGCAAGCACUGAAAUAUCUUUCGUAGAUGUAGCCUUCUUGUUUCUGCCUCCAAUUUUGUUUUUUUCUGAUCUUCAUUCCUGUUGAAAGAAUAAAUCACUGCCUCUUUAGAGCUUAAUGAAUACAUUCAUACCCAUAAACUUUCAAACUCUCUCCUUGUACCUCUGAACUGCGAUCCCACCUCACAUGUGACUGUGUGUGAUGCAGUUAUGUUUCUCCUCUAAACGGUGAAGCAGCUGAACAUCCUUGUUUCUGUAUUUCCGUCCCUUUGAACUGGGUUGGUAGAUGAAAGAGGACAGAACCUCAGAUCUCAUCCUUAUUUCACUGUUAAAGCUGAAGAGACAGGUCAGGAACUUUUUGAGACUCUGUACCAACUCUCCCAAAACAGACACACAUACGCAGUUGGAUCAUAAACAAAAAAACGACUUUAAGAGUUGCAGUGACUUUGAUUUAGAGUUCAAUUUCCUUUACAUGCCAGCUCAAGUACUGAGGUGUAUCUGAAGAGUAAAAUAGAGGACCGAACUAUGACUCUCAAUCCCCACUUUGAAUUGAUUUUCCUUUAUUCUCAGAUGGGAAACUUUAGGUUAGCAUAAACUUCAGGGUCUAAUAAGGUCAACUUAGUGCUCAAAAAUCAGGUUUUAUCUUCAAAACUCCUCUGGCAUAAACAUUGAAAUUCCCCAGAGGAUGAAUAUUAUUAACUCUGAUGCUUGAUUAGGACAUGUUAGCACCAAAAGCAGGUCAGAGUUUUCACUUAUCCCUUUAAAUGAUCUCAACAUUUGCAGAGUUCAACAUUGAUCGUCUGAGAUUAUGAUCGGAUUUAAAACCCAACAGCCAUGUGCACUUUUUUUCGUAAACCUACAGUAUUUUGAGGAGAUCUCAGCCAUAUACUGCUCUGUUACGCUCUGGCAGAGAGUCGCCUGCUCCUUUCUAAAUGUAGACUCCCUCACUUGUUAAGCUACAGAGUGAACUGCUGCUAUCUAAAGGGCCGGCGGCGGCAGAGAAAGUCUGCUGUAAAACUCCCAGAGAUAAGAAAGGACAGAGGGUCUCCCCAAGAUCUCUAACACACUCUGGCAUUUUAGCUGAACUUCACAUUUCAUGGGCUUGGCCAGGAGAGAAACCCGAUAAGUCUGAAUUAACCAAAAUUAUUUUCUCUGUCUCUGUUCAUCCGUUUAUCCUCCUGUUAUUUCUUCCUCUCCCUCCAUCUUCUGCUUUUUCCUCCUAUUUAAUUCUGUCUUUCAUCCGCUCCUCCGCCUCGGUGUCUGUCUGUUCUUCCCUUUUAAUCUUCCUCUCUCUGUAGUCAGAGGUGACUUCAGCUCAGAAGUAUAAAGGAGUCCACUUCGGGAACAUGACAGGGACAAGAGGAGAGGUGCUAGUGCAGGAGGGACCAGGUCCAGCCCAAUAUUACCCUGAGAUGUGAGUAUUGUAUGUUCCAUGGUGUGGUAAUAAAUCUGUAUUUAAACAUCUACCUGAAGUCUUUCACAGAGGGUUGAUGGGGGCUUUAUGUUUCUUUGUCUCCUGUUAUUCACCCUACAGACGUUAGAGUUGGUUAGUACUCUUGGCAAGAAAGAAACUUGGUACUUAAAGGAUAACACGUGUUGUUAUCAUUUAGCAUUUAGUCAAACGGAUGUGGUAGAAAUUAAAUAUAGAGUUUGUUGGUACGUUUAAAUAUAAUCACCUGUAUAAAAAUUGUGCUUUUUUUAACUUGGUGUGAGCGUUUCAGAGGGUCUACUCCCACAAAGACUGCCAUCUUCCACUGCCAUGCCGUCACAGUAGCACAAAUCAGGCAAACUAGUAACAUAUGCGGUAGGGCUGGGCAAUAUGGCCUCAAAUCAAUAUUGCGAUAUAUUGAGCAGUUGACCUUGAUAACGAUAAAUGGACGAUAACUACUCCACAAGCUGCUCACCCCCUUGCCAAAUUAACUUCAUCUACUUCAGCCGUCGCUCCAGUCGCUCCAACUUUUGAACCAUCCUCCAUCUCCUUGCCUGUCUUUCCCUCUUUGGUGUGGACUGGAUGGGGCGGAGUCAAGUCUCUGACAUAGGACAACGUCUUAAAGGGACAUGAGACCACAGCCUACCUACACACAUCAAAACCAACUUUUAUUUAUUUAUUUAUUUAGACACCAAAUAUGUUGACAUGGACAAAAUGACGUCGAUUAUUGUCAUAAAUUUAGGUAUCCAUAAAUUUUCGGUUUAUCGCCCAGCCCUAAUAUGCGGCUUUUGUUCAGUGAGCUGCUACAUAAUACAUUAAAUCAAAGAAGAAUAAAGUGGUUGUCGCGGUGCACAAAAUAAUUCAUAUUGAUGAACCAGGAGGUUAGCAAAGCAGCAUUUCAGCUUAGAAUCAGACUACUGGAUGUUGCAUAUUAUCUCAAUUUCCAUGCACUGUGCCUUUAAAGUGUACAUGUAAUUUGACUAUUCUCUUUUAAUGGUUCAUUACAUAUGCAACCAUUUUUUUCACAAAAGACAGAUUCACUUGCAUUUAACUUGAUGAUAGAGACAAUUGAAAGUAGUAUUUAUAAUUAAUCUGCAGUCAAAACCCUCUGUAUUUCAAAUCUAAUGCUUUAAUCAUGAGACAAAAGUGAGAUUAGGUGUCCCAGGACGUCUAAUCUCAGGUGUUCGCUGCAGCUGAGCUGUUACAGAUGUGUGCGAAACAGAAAAGCUGUCCCAACACAGUGAAAUGUCGCUUUGCACCUGCAGCCAGGGCAUUAUAUUUGGCAUUUCCACUGAUAGUAUGGAAGAUGGGCCUUACCAAGCACUUUUACUGUACGAUGGCGGGCACGCUGCCAGUCCAUCUAUUCAUAAAGGAAUCAAUUGAGUAAUAGGAGGGAAAGUCUGCAUGUAAGAAAAUCCCCUGUGGGUGAAGAUCGGCGUUUAAAGCAUAUCAGCGAUACACAUUUGAGUGUUUGAAUCAUUCAGAAAUAACUUGUUACUCUGACUGACAAAAGCAGCAGUCAGCGUUUUUCUUCCCCUUCACUCCUCCUAAUCUGCUUCAUCCCUCUUCUUUCCAUCUUUGCCUUGUUUAUAUUUUCUUAUUUGCUUUUCCAUUACACAUCUCUAUCCCCCUCUUGUUCAAUAUAUUGUAUCUCCCCGGCCCUCCCACUUUGUGGUUUCCUAUUCUGUACGUUCUGAGCAACACUGUCUGUCUCUUUUUAUUCUUAUCUCUUUUGCGUGUUUGCCUGUGUCUUCUAUUUUUCAAAGAUGUUGUCACUGUCUCUGUCUGUCUCAGAAACACAAAGACGCAGUAUGUGAAUAUGAACCUUGAAAAGGAGCAGAGAGGCAGAGCUGAGCUCAUCAUCCCUCGCUACCACGAGCUGGUGCCCAGGCAAGAGGAAAAGAAGGUGAGAAUAUGUUCGUGUCUGUGUGCUUGUACGGGCCGAGGCUUACAAGAAUGGGAUAAAAGCUGUGGAGGACUCAGAUCAAUGUCAGGCUCUGCCGCCGUGGGGGACGGAUUCCUUUUAAAGUCAGUCAUGUAAUGUGCUAAUAAGUGGCAAACAUAACCACAAGGGGUAAUUAAUCCUGCAUGAUAGGAUUUUUAAAGCACCUGGGGGGCAGUGCAGGAAGCUAUAGACACAGCAUCGGCUUAGAGUUGAUUUGGUGGAUGUGUUAGCAAACACUAGCUCAGGCAAAGAGAUUCAUUUGGACUCACUUGAUGAAUGCAGGUCUAAACCCACUUCAUACAAGCUCUGAUUUGCUUUCUAUCCACACACAAAUGUCGAUUUUUUUCAAUUUGAUGAAGAGCACAGAUAGAUUGUUAUAUAACGAGGGAGUUUAUUAUAAUUAGUAAUUUAAUUUCUGAGCCUGUGUUCUUUCAAAUGUUCAGUCUUCUUGCUUUGGGGUGAAUCUCACACUGCUGAACAAACAACCAGCUAAACCUGACUCCAGAUGAUCCAGCGUCUCACUUGACUCUUACUCUACUCUUGUUUAUUCACCUCCUCAUAUUCUCUUGCAUGUAGUCUUUGAUACUGUGUUAUUAGGACUUAUAUUACACAAAAUAAUGUCAGCAAGAAUAAAAGUGCUUGACUUUAUCCUUGUGUAACCGGCCUAAGAACUUCAGACCUGAUUUAACGGGUUUCUGUGAAGAGCAGCAGGAAACUUUUACACUCAGGACCCAGCAUGUGGGAAACACAGCAUUAUUAUAAUCAUCUUCAGAGAAAAGUAGCACUGUCAAAUAGAUAUAACAGCGCAUAAAGUAAACAAAGCUGAGGCGACAGCUGUGGCUUUCAUUUAACAUUUGGUUGCCCGCGCUCUUUGUAGCAUAACCCCUUUAACUACAUUCUCUGCACAGUUUAAACGAUAAGUCUUAAAACCUGGAGAUAAAACUUUGAAACUUUUAUAGUUAAAUGUCUGAGAAGACUUAAUUCUCCUUUGGCAGUCUGGUGGCUUUAGCAUGAUAGGAUUUGAAAAGUGCAGAUUAGGAAUGUGUCAUAAUAGAGCACCUUGAUUUGCAGUAAGAGUAAAGUCAAGGAAAGUGCUUUGGAUUUACUCUGGAUUUAUUCAAGCCCAGGAAAUUAAAAGUGAAAUGAUUCGAUCCCUCUUCCCCUCCGUCUUAGUCAAACACACCAGUGAAUGUCUUUGCCCAUAGGGGGCAGUAGAACACAAGCUUUAUUCAGAGACUCUCAACCCUAUUCACACACAUACACACACACGCACACACUCACACAAACACUGAUAAAUUGAAGCCGGUUGAGUUGAGGGGAGUUACUCACCUGCAUAUGAACUUGAGUAUGCUGGCGGAGAAAUGCUUUGUGAUGCCUUAUUUCUCCCGUUGGAGUGGGAGAGUGGGUGAGGCAGCGUCUUAAAAAAAAUUGGGACUGGAUUUGUGGAGAUAGUGCUGAAAGUAUUUGCUCUGACAUGGACUUACACCUACGUCUUUUCUUUCCCCGUCCUCUCUUUCUUGGAACGCCGUGCUCCUCCGCCGCUCCUCUCGGUUAGGUUUCAGAUGAUUUAAUUGUGCAAGGAUAAUUAUACGUGACAUUUUCGUAGUAAAUGUUCCUCCUAACUUUGCUUGAAGUAAUUUCUAUCAUCCUACAAAUCUGCCCUGACUUCAACCCGAUAACUUUCCCUUCGGUAGAUGUGUUUACGUGUGCACCAUGCUCUGUUUGGACCCCCUGCUGUGGUAGCAACACCCUCAUCCAUCAUCAUUAGUACCUGACCUCAUCACACAUGUACCCUGAGACACACACACACAUAUACACUGGCCAGAUGGGUCAUUACCCACAGUGGGGACACUCAGGACAAACACCUUUACUUCCUAGAGAUCAGCAGACAGUCUUCCUCUAAUGGCUUGAGGCUGCUGCUGUCCCAUAGAGUUUGUGUGUGUGUGUGUAUGUCGUUGUGUGUGUGUGUGUGUGUGUGGUGUUUUCCCAUUAAAAAGGCAUUGUGACAAGGCAAGGGCAAAGACUGAGCCAACAGCUCUAAUAAACCAUUAUCCUGUACACCGCAGCAGUCCAAAAGAGAAAAGUCGGAGUUGCAAAGCGAAGUAUUUUGCCGUAAAUAUGAAGUUGACUGCUAGUUCAUCUUGAAAUUAUGUGAAUUCUAUGUUAACAAAAUCACGGAUUGUGUUGUUGAUGUUUGCAGCACUUGUUAUUUUUAGAAAUGGGGAAGCAGAACAGCUCCCCGCAGGGAAAAAUGAGAAAGGGAAGAAGAAGAAGAAGCAAAAAAAUAAAUAAAAACCCUGGCAGCGUUUUUUUCUCUCUAGAUCUUGGAUUAUCUACCUUUAAACUGAACCAACAACUGGGAUUGGUUUGUUGGCCAAUGUGUGUUGAUAAAUAUUUCACAUUUACAGAGAGAUAAAUGCUUUGGUUAUACAUAUGAGUUAUAAUUCACUCAGCUGUGUUUGCAGUGACCGCCUCAGUACUUAAUCAAACUACUCAAAUGCAAAUUUGUCUUGCUUUGCUGUAUUUGCAUGAUUAUGUAGUUUUGAAUGUGACAUUACAAGAUUCCAGUGUCUCAAAACUGGAUGUAGGGAAGUGAGCAUAUGGGGUGUAAAAGUAGGGGUGCAACGGUACAUAUAACCCACCUGCUUCCACACUUCUGACCAUCUUAGAAAAAGGUGAACAUCAUGGAUUUAAGCAGUAACUCUGUGUGUCCUUGUGUGUUCUUGUUGGGAUGGAUUUGUCUCCAUGACAGUAGUUUGUGCGUCAAAAAGGCAAGUAUGAGGUUUAAAACUGAAGAGCGCAGGAAAGAGAAAACUACACAUGGUUAGGCCAUGGUUGCAGUUCGGUUUCGGUUCGUGUUUUGUGCGCAAAGAGCAAAGUGUGAACUUUUCAAGUGUUACAUCAGGAUUCUUACACUGGAGAUGCUUGGUCAUGUUGCUUGUGUUUCCUUUUAAGUAAGGGACACCUGUCAAGCAUAGUUAGCAGACAGUAAAAUUUCUGUCCACAGUUUUCACUCCCUCGUAGUUGUAUUCAACGGUGAAACUGAAGUUUACCCACACCAGAGAUUUUAAGGCGGCCGGUGCUUCUUCAAAUUUUUGUCUCUGGACUCCUCCGCUCGCACUAGACAUGCCUCUCGGUUAUCUUUUCUCCCGCUUAGUAAAAUAAGCAACCAUUUCUAUGUAUUUCGAGUGGAUAAGGCCGGGUUGAUAGGAGCAGGUCUCUUCUGGGUUUGGGAGCAGAACAAGCCCAAAACAACGACUGCACUUUUGGAACAAGCCCAAGAAACACAACUUACAGCUGCCAAUAUCUUAAAGUGGCUUUUCAAAAUAAGAAGCCCAAAGUAGCUGACAAUAAGCAGACAUGGCAACUAUGGCUGCAUUUUCAGAGUGUGAGUGGAGGCAGAGAUGUAAUUGGACAUUACCACGGUUCGAUAUUUUCCAUGUACCGUUUCAUCCCUAUGUAAUAGUGGGCUGAAAAGGACCGAGUUAGGGAGCGAGGAGUCACUUGUUGAACGAGGUUUCCUUCGAGGUGCGAUGGCUGCUUCUCCUCCUCAGAGGUGUUCGUAGAGGUGUUAUUGUGGCCAAGAGUGUGUAGAUGGUACUGCCUGGGACAAGUGUUGCUUUAGGGUGAUGCAAAGGUGCAGAAAAUCUGAUCUGACUGUUCACACCGAUGAAUGAAUUUCACUACAGCGCCUGAUUCAGAGCUCGAGGAAGAUAUUUGGCACUAUAAGGUGAGUUCCAGCAACAUUUGAGUUGUAUAAAAAUCCUCAAGUAACUUCAGGUAUUUAAACAUAUUUUUAUUUUCAUAAAAAGAGUGGAUUUCAUGAUUGGCAGUAAAUACCUGGUAAUUAAAGAGAAAAACAGCUUAAAAAAUCUUUGACUCAAAGGUCUGGCACAGAGCUGGAAAUGAUGUAAUUAUGUGCUCUUGCACUCUGUGUCUUUUCCCCUCAAAACUUCACACCUAAUCCUCGGUAAAGUACGUAUUAUCUAUCUCUGUGUGCAACUGCAGACAAAACGAUGAAACUGUAGGAAGCAUGUUGGAAUGUAACCAAAGUUUCUCCUCAGAGAUCGGUGUAUAACUGCUAACAAACACCUCAGAAAUCAACACGCUCCGACUGCAAACAUAGUUAAAACACCUCUGCUUCAGAAACCUCCUGAGUUUACCACAAACACAGCAAUUUCCUGGUUCUGCGGUGUUCGGCACCUCCGUGAGUGGGAGGCCUGGUGUGGUGGGCUGUUUUGAUAGUUCUGGUAAUUACUGCUCUGACAUGGUGUAGGAUUGAGAUGUAAUUGUUUCCUGUCACUAUGAAAUAAGAAAAUGUGAGUCUGUUUUUCUCUCCCACUCAGUUUUUAAACAAUGGGUCUUGAUUGCAAAGCAGAGGAAGUGAUAGGUUUGUACCUGCUGUACCUUUGCCCGUGUUUUUUUACAAGUUGCUCAUGUUGUUUCUGUUGCUGUCCUGGUGUCUUUUUUUUCAUCUUCUAAUUGACUUAACUUUCAAAGGUGAAAGUCUUCUGACUGCACGUCUUUUUGCUUUCCUUUUGUUCCCUCAGGGAGUUCCUGGUCCGGGUCAGUACCACAUCAGAAGUCAGUUUGAGAAGCCUGUGAAGUCCUGCGGUAACCUGCCAAAGUUCAGCGGCUCCUUUCUCUCUCAGAGCGAGGUACAAAGCUGACAGGAUCGGGUCAGGGUCUGGUAAAGUCCACAGUAAAGACAGUCUGUGAUUUUUUUGCCCAUUGAUUCUUCUGUGAUUCUGACACUUCUCCAUCACCAAGAGUCGACCUCAGUUUUUGUGCUGCUUUGAUGUCAGUAUGGAGAAGUAUCUGACUCUGAUACAUGGAUCGUUUUCAAGCAAAGUUCUUCCGGUGAUAACCUGAGGAAAUUAGAGACAAAACAGAUCUGAGUGUCUGCUCUGUCUCCUUCCCAACAUCUUAACAGGACUCUUCUGUCUGUUCUAUCCUUUCCUUUCCUUAAAUUUCCCUUUCCUUUCCUUUCCUGUCCUUUCCUUUCCUUUCCUUUCCUUUCCUUUCCUUUCCUUUCCUGUCCUUUCCUUUCCUUUCCUUUCCUUUCCUUUCCUUUCCUCUAAUCCUGUUCUAUCCUUUUCUUUUCUUUCCUUUCCUUUCCUUUCCUGUUCUUUGCUGUCCUGCUGUCCUUUCUUGUCAUGUUUUUUCCUUUCCUUUCCUUUCCUUUCCUUUCCUUUCUUCUUCUUUCAUUUCCCUUUCUUGCCUUCCUUUCUUCUCCUUUUCUUAAUUGAUGCUGAUUUAAUCAACAUUUUUGUCAUCCUGGACACCAUCAAAGAGGCAGACCUUAAGUCUCCUGGUCUACCACUGCAUUGACAGUCAAACUAACCACAACACUAGAUAUGCAAAUAUAUCUAUAACUCUUACUCUUGAUAUCUUCAAAUCAGAUAAGUUGAAUUUUGCUGUAAAAAUAGGUGUUUCAACCCAUGAGGAUGGAGCUCCUGACAAAAUGAAAGACAGAACUGACAUGAAUCAAAUAUCACAGUCAAACUUUGUUAUCCCUAAAAACACAAAAAGCUACAAGAGACUCAGAUACAGUUCAUCCCUAUAAGACAGCUUUCACCUCACAUGUGACUGAGUUUACACACAUGACUGCAUCUAGCUGCUAGAUUCUACAUUGAAAUACUCCCAUAUUCAUUCCUCCUGUUGGUGAAGACGGUAGCCUUUGUGGUCAAAAAGCUUCUGUGAUACAUGAUAAGUAUGUACCAUUAAAAAAGGCCGACUAGAUCCACUUCUUUCAUAGUUUUACUCUUCAUACUGCGCCGUAUGGAGAGAAAAGAUUUAGGGAAAUAUUGAAGAGACUCCUCGGGGAUAAUCUUUGGGCGGUAAAAUAUUAAAUUUACAGUAUCUUAAGGGAGAGUGGAUUUUUAAUAUAGAAUAUAUAAGAUUAAGUAACAGAUCUAAGACACGGCGUCGGGCUUUGCUUGUUUAAUUGAUGUGCUGUAAGAGGAGAGUUCCAUCACAUGGGGGGUGAAGAUGAGUUUAUUAAGAGGCUCAGAGGAGCGCGCAUGAAGGAUGUGAAAAUGUGGAGUUGAAUGUCUCAGGAAGAAGAGCUCAACUCCUCUGUGGUACUGCCCCUUAGAUUCGCUCCUGUGAAACUCUCUGACUGAUGUUUUAAUUAUCGUUGUGACACACCGCUACAAUGUGACGCUGUAUGAUCACGCACACACACACACACACAAACACACACACACACACAUCAGAGGACUUAGAGACGAGUACAUGGCAGACUCAUCUGCAGACAGACACAGACAUGAGAGAGACAAGUUCACUUGUACUGCCGACAUGCAUCCAGAUGAAUCCAUCCACAUUUUCACUUUCAGACACACCCACCUACACACACACACACACACACACACACACACACACACAGAAUAGUUGCCUGAAAAGACCUUAAUAACGUCUGGAACAUAAAACGCUCUGCUAGUUUUUUGGUGAGAACAACUGAUGCAAGAUUCUGGAGCGCAUUUCAUCUGGGUGUUCAUCUCUGUGUGUGUCUGUGUGUUAUAGUGCACUCUGACCUAAUUUCCUGACACAUGCUGUGUUAGUGCGUCGACCCUGUGAUGUCGUCACUGACACCCACCUAGGAGCUGGGACUGUGUGUGUGUGUGUGUGUGUGUGUAUGUGUGUGAAACACAUGCCAGAAGUCAUCUGCAGUGCAGAACUGAGAGCGACAGUUUUCUUAGAUCUCCGUCUCCCUGUGAGUCCGGUUCCAUCUGACGCCGUUACCCUGAGGAGGGAUGGAGAGGAAACAAGAGAAGGAGGGAAUGGAAGAGGAAAGAGGAGGGGGGGAUAGGGUGGAAGAUAAGAGGGACAGCUGGAAUCAUCCAGACCUCGCCUCCUCUUCUCCCUUUGACGUCGCAAUUUCCCAAUAUCAAAGCAUCAAUCCGACACUUUGUCAAAACAGGCUUUUUCCUUGAUUCUCCCUUGCCCUUGCUCCCCCACUCAUUCCCCAUUUCUGUUUUUUGUUCCCUUCUCUUUGUGUCUUCAUUAACUCUAGGUCUUUUUCCUCUUUUAUACUCAGAAUAUUUAAGGUUAAAAGACUCUUGUGUUUCCCUCAUUUUCUGUUCUGCUUCCUUUUAUGAUAUUUUUCAUUUCCUUCUCCCCUCUCUUCAUUUAUGGUUCAUUCUUCUCUCUGUCCUUUCUAUUCACAUGUUGUUCCAUCUAUUUGAGUCUCUUUUGUCCCCGGUGACCCUUCACUUUUUUGGCUCUUCACAAACCUUUCUUUAUCUGAUCCUGGAAUACAAAGAAAAAUGUUGUACUGUAAUGAAAAGUGAGCGGGGAUUGUCUGUGAUGGUUAUUACGAAGUUCACCUUAUUUCCAGCAAUGUUGACACCCUAUAAAUAAAACAGAAAUGCAAAGCAUGAAUCUACAUGCAGUUUGCAACUCAUUGCCAAAAAUGAUGCACCAGCAAUAAUCUGAUAUUACUAUAUUCACACAAUUUUGAAAGCACUUCACCCUUUUUUUCCCUUGUAACUCACUCACACAUCCACACUCACGUCUCCUGACUUGGCAGCCUCACUAUGAUCAGAAUAUGAUGACCAGAUGAAGUGGUGUCUGUCAGUAACCACGUUUACAUGGGCAAAAUUUCUUAAUCUGAUUAAAAAUUUGAGGGAUCGGAUAAUCUGAAUCCACUAUUUAUAUGGGUUCAAAAUCGAAAUAUCCGAUCAUGACGUGUCUGUAUGCACCAAACUUUAUUCAGAUUAGAAGCAUUUGGACAUGCGCAGAGUUGUCUGAUUUUGCUAAAACAACCACAGAAGAUGAGUUAUAUUUACGCCUGUGUGGUCAGCGAUCUUUUUUGGAGGAUGGUAGGGGAAGGUCCCGCCCUCUUUUGCCUCUGAUUGGCUAGAAGUGCUGGGCUCAGAUUGAUUCUUCCUUAUGGCUGUGAAACGUCAUCGUCUGUCGGGUUAAGGUUAGGAUUAGGGUUAGGAUUAGGAGAUUCAGAAGUGCAUUAAUGUUCUGUUCAAUGUACAGAGAGGUAAGCCCACGUUUGGCUGGAGCGUGUGAUGAUGUUUACAGCUUUUCUAGCCAAUCAGAGGUGAAGGAGGCGGGACUUUCCCCUACUUUCCUAAAAAAAAAAAAAAAACAUCGCUACCGGAGGAGCAGACACAGCAGCCGCGGUUAUGUUUUAUGCCAGAGUGUUAAUAAUGAAACCUCCUGUACUGACAUCAAUAAAUAAGCCAAAGGCUAAAGAGUGAAGAUCAAGUCAGGUAAGAGAGACACGAUCGGAAUUAGUGUUUACAUGGACGUGUUUCAGAAUAAUGAUCGGCAUAAACCACCCCUCUCGAUCGGAAUUCAUUUUCUUCCCGAUUGAGCCGAAUUGGAUCAGAAUGUUCCGAUCAACGUGUUUACAUGACGCAUUUUUAUUCUAAUCAGGUAUUUAUUCUGAUUAUUCGUGCCCAUGUAAAUGCAGCUAGUGAGGUUCCUACACUGGUGUUUUUAUUUAGUAUUUCUUUGGUAAUUCCUUUUAUUGCUGUUUGGCUAUGGAGGAAUGUGUAUAAAUAAAACAAAUCCACCUUAAGAAAAGGGGAAGCUCAGCCAGUCCCUGUGAAUGAUGCUUUGUCACAGCCAGUGGAGCAGUAUUAGAUUGACAGAUGGCCACAAACCACAUCUGACUUUAAGUGAACACAGUUUCUUUUGGCCUUGAAACAGCACGUCAUGUAACUCCUACCUCUUUUCUUUCUUCUCCUCUAAUGGUCUCUCCAUUCUUUGACUAAACACUUUCCUCUCCUGCUGCUCCUUUUUGUUUCUUCCUCUCUUUCUUUUAUUUCUCUUUUUUUAAUGCAGUUUUUCAUUCCCCACCAUUUUCCAUAGGCUGGAUUCCAAUCAAUAACCGGUAUGUUUCCAACAGAUCUGAGGUUCGCUCUGCAGUUUGAACGGCACUUUGAUGAGGCACUCUGAGAUUUGUUAAUGCGGACAUGCUGCCAUUUGAGGGAAUCAGGUCCUUUUUUACCCCGCCGUUGCAUCAAUAACAAGCAGCUUAAUGGCUCAGUUUUGAGCGGCUGAAGAGAAAUUUAGAGUAACACAGAAAUGCUAUUCACCCUCAGUAAUUUUGACUGAAAAGGCAACUUAACGGCUCCAGGCUCUUGAUUGCCUGUGUUGUUAGGCUAUCAGAUAAACCCGUUUGUACCUGGUAGUAAAGCAGCCCAGCAGCGGCCGUGCUGAAUAAGCCCUGAUAUCAGCUAAACAGUCAAAGAACAUUACAUACCUGAUUGGGUGCAUCAUUAUUUUUGCAAGGGAGAUGCUGUUUCCUCCAACUCAUUUUCUCCUUUCUUAUCCCACCAAUCUGUCCUGUCUGUUUGCAUUUAAAGCUCUUUCACUCUUUCUCCCAGGACUUUUUUGCUCCUUUUGUUGCGUCUUUUUCAUCUGCUUUGCCGUCUUCUUGUUGAAAAAUAUAAUAGCGGACAGAAAUAUCUCAACAGCACAGGCGUGGACGGCCAUAUUAAACAUCCACAGCAGACGGGUAGAUGGAGGGAUAGAUGUGUUGAUCAUAAAAAGUGCUCAUCUCUCUUUCACGAGUAGAAAGAAACAGUGAAUGGACUGUGAUUAUUUAGUGCUUUUCUAGUCUAGAAACCACUCAGAAUGCUUUUACGGUGCACGCCACUGUCAUACACUAAAGGCAAAGGUUGCUACUUAAAGUGCCCAUCAUGUCGAACUGGUUUAGAAAUGUCCAACUGUACCACUGAACCAUCGAAGCCGUCGAAGACAAAAAGAAAGCUUUUGAUCCGUUGAACCGCGAUGUUUCAGUUUGUGUUAGAGACUAGAGUUCAAAUAGACUUUCUUUGACUUCAAUUCUCUCUCCUGUCACUUUUUUAAACCACUUUCAAUACCUUCCUUUGUGUCUCUUCUUCAGAGGUUCAGCCCUGUGAAAGAAGUGUCGCCCCCUGUUGGUGCAUAUAAUGACCCGCGCUGUGCCCUGGAGCUGCUGAGGAAGACCACAGGAGUGAAUAAGAGCCCAUUUGGCAUCACCGCAGCGCGCUUCUAUCCUAACCAUGAAAAAUCUCCCAUGCCAGGUCAGGUCAGGGCGUGUGCAUGUUUGCCAGCUGUAUUCAAAGACACAUUUCUUUUGAAGACACUGUAUUCAAAGACGUGUUUUUCCCUCAAAGGGAUCCAGUUUUGUUCAGAGUGUGCAAAAAGACAGAAUAUAUCGAUCGAUUUCCUCUCAUGCAUCUGUGACUUUUAGAUCUACUGACCAAAACUUGCCCGUUUAAGUCAUCAUAUUAUCAGUACUCUGUUUUGCAUGCUCCCUUAAAACCACACAUGCUGCUAAAUAUUAGAUUAAACACAUGCUCACAAUUUCAAUCAAAAAUAACAAGUUUAAAAUCUAUAUACAUUCUCCAAGCCUGAUAUUUUACACUAAAGAGCAGACAUUUAUGUCAGGCCUUCAAUUCAACAUUAAACCCCAAGGUAUAUCACUGGAUUUGAGCACAAACACACGGCUGGAAAGAUGAAAUGUCAGUGUGGUGUUCAAAUGCAGGUCAGGGAGAGUUUUUGAUAUAUAGGUUGUGCUGCAGAAUUGACAGGUGAAAACAACACUUUCUUCUUGAAAUGUCAUUGUUGUACCCAACUAUUGAUUCGAAAGGCUUCACUCUUUUCAUUGUCAUUUCUGGAGACGUUGCGCAAAAAGUUAGGUGAAUAUUUUGUCCUUUAAGGGGGGAACUGUAAGAAUGUAAAUGACUUCAACGAGGACCUAAUAGCGAUAGCUGGACGACUGAGUCAGAGCAUCCCUGAAAGUCUUAGAAGAAGAGAGAGGAUCAUGAGUGACUGAGGCUAAUUGAUGAGCAUUGGGGGGGCUAUAGGCUAGUCUCUGUGAUCUGAUCCAACAGACUGGAGCUCAGACUGCUGAAGGAGUAAUUGCUGCUUCGGAUAAGGAAGUGUCAGACGACAUUGCAUUGUGGUUUAGUGUGUAUGGGGGCUGUGUAACUGCAGGCUGAGCAUGCUGUCCACGCUGAGAGAACUGGACCAUGGAGCAAUGGUAGAAGGUGAUCUCAGGGAGCUUGAUGAUUCUGAAUACUCCAGGUCCUCAUCCAAUUGAACUUCUGUUUGAUGUUUGGGACAACAGCAUCUGAUUAUUGGAGGUUUCACUGCGCAGGACUUAAAAGAUCUUCUGCAAAUGUUUCAGUGCUUUAGGGGACUGACGGGGUCCAUGCGACAUCAUUUCAGAAUGAUAAAACUGAUAAGGGCUGGGCGAUAAACCGAAAAUUUACCGAUAUCGACAUUUACAACAAUAACCAAUCAUUUUGCCCAUAUCGGUAUAUUUGGUGUAAAAAUAAAUAAAUAAAUAAAUAAAAGUUGGUUAUGGAUGUGUGUAGGUAGGCUAUGGUCUCAUGUCCCUUUAAGACGCUGUCGCCAGAGAUGUGACUCCACCCCAUCCAGUCCGUAACAAAGAGGGAAAGACAGGUGAGGAGAUGGAGGACGGUGGCCGAAGUAGACAAAGUUAAUGUGGGAGGGGGUGAGCAGCUUGUGGAGUAGUUAUCAUCCAUUUAUCGCUGUCGAGGUAAACUGCUCAAUAUAUGGUGAUAUUGAUUUGAGGCCGUAUCGCCCAGCCCUAGAACUGAUAACCUAAAUGUCACUGAUGAUUGGUGUUUAUCCAGUGUUUCCCAUAUUUACCUCAUUUCUCAUGGCAGUAACAACACAAUGUUUUUGUUCUGUUGUCUCUCUUAAUUGCUUGUGCUUGAGCGUAUUUAGCAACGAUUCCUUCUUUUGUGUUUCUGAGCAUAUUUUCCUCUCAAGCUGUUACCAAAGCCUUUGUUCACACAUACAGACAAACAAACUGUAAAACGUUGCUGUUGUGGAGAAAACAAUGAAAACAAAGGUAACACAUAUGUGUCUCCAUAUACCAUUUAGUUUAGUGUCAUUUUCAGCUAAUCCAAUGUAAGUGCUUCUUUUUCUACCAAUAUUGAAAGGCGUGUUAGCUAAAGGUACACCAGAGUUGCACAUGUCUGGUGUCUGCUUUGUGUGUUUACUAAUAGAUUCAACGUAACAGAAGUGUUUUACUAAUAACAGUCUUUCCGUACUCUGUGCAGGUCCAGGAUCCUACAACGUCUUUGAUCGAGGUUUAGCCUGUGAGAGUUUUAAAAAGGCAUUUUUACAGAGGACCAGGAAGGGAGGUUUUGGCUCCUCUGCUCAGCGCAGCUCCAUCUUCCACAAUAAGGAAUCAAUAGAAGCCCCAAGUCCAGGCCAGUACGAGGUAGGAAGAUCCAUCACUGCAGUCUUUCGUUAUUUUUCUUUCUGUUUCUUUCUUUCUGUAACGAUGAAUGUUCUUCUAUCAAAAGUCUAAAAUAUGAGGCUCUGUGAUUUCCUGACAGAAAGCUACUGUAUUUGUGUUCAGACAGAAAAGAAGACAGAGGAGCACUACAAACAGCAGCACACCGCUGUUUUCAGAUCAGCCACAGAGCGUUUGUCACUGCCAGCUAAAGUAAGUCUCUCCCACUUCCACUCCCUCCGGAUCCUCACGGUUGUCUUUGUCUCACACGUUCUUAUCCUCUCACCAAGUUCACGAUGUAAAGAUUUUAAAAUCUUACUCAGCAGAGGAGUCCAAGACAAAGUUUAACAGCAUCACACGCCAAGUUUUUACUUUCAUGAAUUGGGACAUCACAGCAGAAGCAUCUGACCCACUGUUUCAGGGGGUUCCUGUUUUCCAGCUGAUGAUUUCCCUUUACAGUUUCUUUUCCUCGUUGUUAACGCUCAUUCAUGCUGGAGAAAACAGGUCAAAAUUCAUCCUCAUUAUCUUCAGUUCCUCUCUAAAACUGCUUUUCUUUUUGAAGUUUUUUUAUCCUUAGUCAUAGUUUAGGUUUGUUUUAAUCACAACUCAAAAUGAGACUUGUAUAAGUUUUGGUAAAGUGGUUUUAACUGGUUCAGACUCAGAAUCAGAAUCAGAAUCAGAAAUACUUUAAUAAUCCCCAGGGGGAAAUUUCUUUGGUUACAGUACUCCAGUGCAAAUGCAGUAAUAGUAAAAAGAGUAAAAACAGUAAAAGAGGAGAUAAAUAAUAGAUAAAAUAGAAGAUAAAAUAAAAUAAGUAAAAAUAUAAAGAUAAAUAGAUAAAAUAAGUAAAAAUAUAAAGAUAAAUAGAUAAAAUAAGUAAAAUAAGUAAAAAUAUAGAGAUAAUAUACAAGUAUUUACACUAUGAACAAAACAAAUAGUGUCAUUGUAUGCAUAUAUGCGUAAUAAUUUCACAACAAUGAUAUGCAUAAUUAAAAUCCAAUUUUUUGAAGUGUUAUGCUGUAAGAUCUCGCAAGUGCGAAAACAAAAUGAGUUUAUUUGAGAUAGAAUCAAAAUAAAAAAAUUCUAACUUACUUUUUUAUUCCAAAAUUUCGCCUCUUUGAUCGUAACAGUCAAGUGUUUUCAGUCAAGGUAUUUAGAUUUUGUUGUCUUGUUGUGUUGUUGUCUUGACUCAAGAUGUUCAGUGUGUCAUCCACAAAUUCAGGCCAUUAAUAAUCAGAAGAGUAGCUCGAGCGGAACAAUAAUGGGUCAUGUAAACACUUCAAUCAGAAGAAAUGGGUCAAAUCCUGCUCAUUGGGAAAUAACUUUCACUUUGAUCAAGAGUGCUGGUUUUUCUGAGGCCAAGUAAAGAUUUGCAUCCAGAAGUUUCUGGUCCAGGUGGAAAUUAUUUCUGCUGCACUUCUGCCUCAUGUGACGUGUGACAAGUUUCCAAUUUUGUUUUUACCAGACUGGAUGGAGGCAUUUCAGGAGAUAACAAAACCUGCCUGUUGCUGAAACUUACUAUGUUUUAGGAGGGAUUUACAAAACAAAUAAAAAAUUGAAAUAGAAUAUAGACAUCCAGAAUAUUGACAUGGCUUGGGAGCGAUGUACAAGAAUGCAGCUGCGCUGAUGUUUUUGUACAAGUUUGAUACAGCGAUGCAGCCACAGUGGUGUUUGUUAACACAGGCAGAAGGAACCGUCUCCUUUUCUGCUAUUUUGGUGUUUUGCAGACAGAAUACAUGCACAGAGCGGCUCUGUCUGUCAUGCAUUUGGCAUUUAAUCAGGAUAAAACCACUGACAUCAAGCCUGAUGCUUGUGGAUGAAUGUCCUACUCCAAUCAGAUCCAUGUAAACUUGACUUCUUUUAAAGGUACAGUACGCAGAAUCUAGCUGAACUAACUUGGUAGAGAUGGAGCAUAAUAUUUCUGUGUCUACUUAGAUGUUUAAUCACCAGAAUAUAACAAUUGUUUUGUUCAGUCAAAAUGAGCGUUUUAUAUCUACAUGGGGGGGGUCUUCUCCCACAGAGGCUGCCAUCUUGCAACGCCAUGUUUCUGCAGCUGCACAGAGUGGAUCAACUCGACUGAUGAGUUUUUGAAUUGAGAGAGAGUAGAGAGAUGUGCUGGCGAGAGGGAGGUUGAUUUCCAGCUGAUAGAUGUUUUUGAUAGUAAAACUUGACCAUUGGAGGAUCACAGUUGUCUUGCAUCACAGACUAACCAGUGUAGCUUCACUGACAAGAGGGAUGAGCAAAGGAACGCCUCAGCUUAAAGUCUGACUGCUGUGCCUUCAUUGAUUUAUUCCAUUUUAAAUCCAAAGCUUGAUGAAAUAUCACCAAAAACCUGUCUUUACAUUUGCUUUAUGAGAAAUACUGUAUAUAUGCAGUAUCUGCUAACUUAUUAAUCGUGCUCUGUUUGACAGAGCGCUUCCGUGAUGCUAUGUUUGCAUUGUGAAAGCUGCCGUUUUUCACCCUGUUUGACACAGGAUGGUGUUUACUUGCAUAUAAAUAAUGUGCUAAUGAAGAAACACAGAGGAGCAGCUGGAUGUGAGGGUUAGCGACUGACUCCAGUAUUAAAAUUAUGUUCUUGGGGAAAAUUAUGUAAAUUUCCUUCUAAGUGAAUGCGACAGCAUUUUUAAAAUUCCAGAUACACAAUUUGUGUUUUCAAGUACCCUUCUGGGUACCAGCUGGUGUUUACUCUGAUUUACUCCAAAGGUUAGAAGUGUUAUCUGAAUCUUGAGGCAAAGGUCUACAGAAAUUAUUUUAACACUGCAAAUUAGACUGCUCUCUGGAAACACAGAGUUUAAAGUGUAAUUCUGUCCUCAUCACAGAGAGCAUGAAGACUGGUGCUGUGAUGUGCUGGUUUACUGGGUUAAGUCUGUCAUCUUGGAGCUUUCAUACAUGCCUCACUUAGUUUUACUGUAUGAGGUUUAAACACAAAGAGAAAGGUGCUGGCAGAUUUUUUUUCACACUCCAGUUUGAAGAGUUGAGUGACCCACAAACAGUGAAACAUCAGCUUUAAAAGCAGUCUCUCAAAUCAGAAAAUCAGCUGUUUAGUCAUCACCUGUGCCCUUUAUUCAUCAGUUGGUACUGUUAGGACACAGAGCCCUGCUGUUUUCCAUCCCUGCUGUCUAAUCAGAGAGUGAUUUUCACCUCGGACACCAAGUGAAAGCAAUUAACUAGCUGGUAGGACAGAAAACCAGCAGGACUCCAGUUCAGAGGGAAAGGACAGAGAGAUCCUGCCUUGACAAGUGAGGAGUACAGCACAGUUGCGACACAUUACAGCAUCACUAAUACAUCUGCAUUCAAGAGUGGACAAGAGUGGAGAGUUGGAGAAAGACAGUCACUUUAUUUCUUGUACCACCCUUCUGAGUCCAGCUUGUACUAAGACAGUUGUCAUAUUAUUAUCUUGGUGGUUAGAAGUACCAGUUUCUGUGUUUACGGCCGUGUUGCUCUCUGUACUUUAUGUCUCUGUGGUUUGUAUUCCACAGAGCAGAGCGUGGCAUCUGUUCCCACUUCUAUUUUUACGUUCAUAUUUUUGUUUAACAGUCUGGACAAACUUGCUUUUACUUCUAAAUUUACACCCCUGUUUGUGCUACAGACGAUGUUUAUCCAGACGAUGUGGAUUCUUGGACUCCUCACUUUGUGUGCACAUCAUAAAUGAACCUCGGCAAGUGUGAUGACACUCAUUAGAGAGAAGAGAAUGAUCCAUUAAGAAUUCUGGUGCUGAUCGUCUCUGUUAUAGUCUCUACCUCAUAUAUCUGUCUGCACUGUUUGCCAUUUUUCACCACAAUGGCUCUGUGUAGUUUGUUGUCAGGCUGCAGUAUAUCGUGCUGAUGGAUGAUCUGGCUCACUCACAAUCCUCGGUGCUAAAUCCUGAUUUAAGACUUGACAGCGUGACUGUACACAGUCUAAAAGGUGUCAGUGUCUCACAUUGUCAUGCGCUGAUACAGUGCAGAUAAUGUGUAAACUUAGAGUGAGGGGUGCCGCGAGUUCAGUGAUCAGAGGUUGGCUUUCGUUUUAUGUCAGACACGCGGCGUGAUUAAAUAUUUAGCAAUAGCUUUGACUGGAUUCAGCUCCCUAUAGCAGUACCUCCAGCUUGUUUUUGUGUACCCACAAACAUAAUUGGCUGCAAUCACAGGUGGAGCUGGCAAGGUCAGGGUGAAAAGAAGCAGUUGGCGGCGCCAUGUGUCACAGAGGCAGCACAUGUCCGUCUACAGCCCUCCUCAGGAAAUCAGCAUGGCUGGCUGUCACAAAGACUGCAGAGAGCGCAGGGUUUGGACCGAAAAGAGGAAAAAAAAAGGAACCCAAAAGCUCAUUAAACUGUUCUUAAGAGAUGUAAUAUCCUCUCCAUAUUCCCCUCUAAGUCCUGCUCUCUCCUUUUUCCUCUUUUUGGGCACCACCUCUGAGUGCUCUGUGGAGAAGAUCUGAGGCCCUUUGUAAUGGCUCCACACUGAGCCCCCUUUAUGACCAGUUAAUGAAAAAUCACCCAGGGACGUCUUAGCUGUAACAGUUAGCCACAUGCGGCGCUGCAGCCUCUGCUGUAUCCUUGGUAACAGCUCCCCGCUGCGAUGGAUAUUAAAAGUGUCUAAUCAGGAAACAAUCGCCAUCAUGAGAAGGGAGACAAGAAAGCGAGAGAGAAGAAAGUCUCAAAGUACGUCUUAAUGAUCUGUCUGAUGUCUGAAUGCUGAUGUUGUCUGUGCUCUGACUGAAAAGAUUCAUGUUGCAGUAAAGGUUGAAAUUUUAGAGGACUAUAAGGACUAGAGGCCCGAAACAGUGGCUAACCUAUGCUUAUUAUUUUAGUAGAUUUUUCUUAUCUUAUGGCAUACCCUCAUUCAAAGGAAGCUCAAAAUAUGGCAAUUUAAGUCAAACACACUUCAAAAGAUGAGGCCAGUCAGAUCUGUGCUUUAGCUACAGGUCCAAAUCUGAUAGGAGAUGAUUACCUGUCUGAGAAGAAGAAAGAAUAAGGCAUGUUGUUAGGAAAAAUGACAGAUCUGAAAGCAGAGAUUAUUCUGAAUGGAGCGUUCGCCUUCCUGCCACGUCUACUCCAGAGCUAUUUCUCCUUAUCUUCAUCUUUUAUUCUCUCCUCCUCCUCCUCCUCCUCCUUCUUUCUCCCUCUCCGUCUCCUGCUUUCUCCUCCAACACUUCCUGGUGGUGACCUUUCUGUAGCAGAGGUCGUGGGAUACCCUCGGGCGGCGCUGGGAGAGAAUCAGUGUGGAAUUUAAUUUGGACCGAUGUUUUACCCCGUGGCAGUGGAAUUCCUCUGUCUUCCAUACAUCAGUGAAAUAUUGUCCUGUCCCUCCAAGCGACAGCAGAGAGGUUUGACAAGGAGCUUUGUCUCUCUGUCAGUCACUCUUUCACUAAUAUGUUUCUGCCUAUCCUCAUCCAUGUCGAUUUUGUUCUGUUGCCAAUGAUGUUGAGAUUAAUAGAGGUCCUGAUGGAUGGUUAUUGUUAAACUCAGAGUGAGGAGAUGUCAGAAUGAAAGGGCAUUUAGUAACAGCUAAAUGCACCAAUGCCAAAGCAGAAGGACAGAUUUCUGUCUUAAACAACUUCCAUCUCUGGUUUAUGAUUUGCUAUAACAUAAAAACAAAAAAGACCAAGAUGUAGAAAGUCUAGAUAUAUGUCAUGAAGAAAGCAACUAAAAAAAGGGUUUAUUGCUCAAAAUCCAAGGAACGGUUCCAAGAGAAAACAAUAGAGAUCAUGAGUAAACCCACAAAGAGACAACACUAUAGGCAGCACUGGAGGACAAAUCCUAAGACACACGGAAAGUUCCCGAACAAAAAACUCAGAUUAAAACUAAGUCCACUGAAGAACCAGAGCAGAAGGGAAGGGAUGCAGAGAGCGCUUACAUAUCGCCAUUUCAAGGCAGGUUUUUACGCUGUUGUUAUAACAUCUAAAAAGUAUAGGACCAAACAUGUAACAGGGUCAAAGCUGUUCCUCCUCUGGGAUGGUGGGAAGAUGUUGUUGAGGUAAUUUCAGUACCUUUUUCCAACAGCAGAGGUGCUGUUUGUAGAGGGAAACAGCAGAUGAAGAAUUUCCCACACAUAGAUGAUACAUGAGCGACCCAGGAAAAUAAUGUUUUAGCAUUUUCCAUCAUCUAUGCAUAUAAGAUUGCCAUACUUUAUUAAUAACCCAAUAGACAAUCUUCAACUCUUUACUUUAUGCAUUUGUGAUUUCACAUCUGUUCUGCAGGUAGCACAAAUUAAUGACAAUGCAAGAGCCUGUACCUCCUCACAGGGGGCCUUAGCAUGGAAUAAUUUUACUGGUUGACAUCUCUUCAGACAUUUUCAUUGACUCCUACAUCUAUUAGAGCUGUCAAAAUUGCCCCAAAAUAAUGUUUAAAUAUUCAGUCUAAAAAUAACACAAAGGUUUGAACAUAUUAGAAUAUCUAGCUUGCAUAUAACUUUAUCUCGCUGAGCAUUUUUUCAGUCUACUGUGUCUGCCCAAAAUCCGAAUAAUUUCCCCAAAUGGAGCUUCUAAAAUUUGUUGGAGUCCAGACCACUCUCUCCAAGUUUGGCUCCAAACAUCCCGCCAUUUCUCUCUGCAUGUGUUUAUUUAAUAUUCAGAUAUUAAAGUACACAUUUGAAUCUCGUUUUUUUUUUUUUCUUUUAAUAUUCAAAUAUACAAUAUAUUGGAAUUUAGAAUAUUCGUUGACAACCCUAACAUCUUUAUGGUCUCACAGAAGUACCUUUUGCAUCCUUUCAAAUCAGUUUUGGGUAGUGAAAACAGAGAUAUAAAAACAUACACUGAGCUGUUUACAUUCAUGUGUGAAUCCAGCAUCAUGAAUCAGGUCACGAGUUUAGUUUAUUGAUACACUCCCUAAGCAGCAACACAAGAGUAAUGGAUGAUUAAAUUAAACCAGAUCAAUCAUUUAUAAUAAAAUACAUAACUAAAUGAACAUAGCAGAGCAGUUAAAGAAUAACGUCUGUCCAUAAAGCCGGUCUAAAGAUCAGCUUUGGUUUGAUCAUCCAAGCAUGGUUAGUUAACUAUAUGAUAUAGUGAUAAACCUGGAAAAACUCACAGCAAUAAUUAUGUCUCAAUUCUAACUUUUCCCUCUGAUUAACACAGAUCACUUGACUCGCUGUCUGACUUCAGUUGGAAGAUAGUAAGCUGUAGCAUAUGGUACAUCCUCUGUGGGAUUAUUACCCACAGUCACUUUGGCUGAGUUAUGCAAAACAGAACCCUCAAAUAACAAAGCAGCAGCAGCUUCAGGUAUGAACCAAGCGUAUUUCUGCAUGACCUUCAUAAAGCUGGUAUCCAGAGAGUGAGGCAGUCUCUACAUUAACAAACAACUUCACAAUAGUUUCUUUUAAAGGAAAGAAGAGUUAAAGUAAAGGAUGUGUUUGCCUACGUUUCUUUUUUAUCCCAAAAAAAAACAAUCUCUAAUCCUUUUUGAGAUAUUUCAUAAAAGAUCUGUUUAUGAGGAUCUGUGUUCCAGUUUUGUUGUGAUGCAAAACACUGUUUUGUUCCAGCAGGUCUGUUGACUCUAUGUACGUCUUUCCAAACAGAUGAAAACAGGCAAUAAUAUCUGUGCCAGUCAGACAAAUUUCACUUUAUCUGAGCUAAUAUCUGCCACCCCGUGAAUGAACAACACUUCAUAAUUCUCCUUUGUCAGAGUGAAACUGGCACGAUGGAACCAGACAGACAAUAUUAAAACACAGCUUUUAUUACUUUGACCGCUGACAGUGAUUGGAAACAGGAUUCAUAACAAACCAAGCAUGUGGAAAUAAUAAUGAAAACAAAUGGAAGAGAAAAAAAAAACAAAAAACAGUCACUUCAUAACCGGAGACAUUUCCAUCCUUAACUUAGCAGCUCUCGCAGCUGCUUGCUAGUGCAAUUCUCUCACUUCUAAAGCCAUGGCAACUAAUAAUGUGACUUUGUACUCGGUGGUACAUUUACAACCACCUUGUAAUUUCCUCACAUGAACUGGAAUUGAAAGGUUGGGAGGUACAGGUGCCACAAUUACAGUCAUCUUGCGGUGGAAAGUGCUAACCGUGAGGGCUUCUGCAUCACAUAUGACUCAGCUCUAUACAUGUUAGCUGCUACAAUCGUAUACUUCUAGAUGUAACUUUAAUACGAGCUAACAGAGACUAGACUGCUGAUUUGUCCCUCUCUUCUAAUGCCAGAGCCACACAACAUAAAAAUCAUAUUAAGUAGCUGCUUUAUUGUGUUUUCUGGUCUAGCGACACAGACAGACAUCAUCCGCAAGGCCUGACGCCAUCAUGGAAAACCUCAUUAAUGCCAAUUACGAGUGGAAAAACACCAGAUUGCUCUCAGAAAAAGAUAGCGCAGACAAUGGACUUAAGGAAGACAGAGGGAGAGGAGGGAGGACACUGAAUGGAGAGAGCAGUGGGAGGGAAAGAAGGAAAGACAAAGAGAAUGACAGAGAGAGUGCCUCUGUGUAUAAUGUGUAAUUAUCUAUCCUAUUAGCUCUGGUUGAGAUAAUUAGAGUGUUUGCUAAACAUACAUUUAUCAAACUGAGGAGCAGCAGCGUCCCCUUGCUAUGCACAAUGAGCAGAAGACAAAAACGAGGAGGUGAAAUUAUACAGAGCAUGAUAGAGGGGGGAGAAAUGGACAGAGGAGAGAUGGAGAGAAAGACAUGCUGAGAAGUGAGGGAGAAAAAGUUAAGAAAGAUGACAAGAAGUAAGACAUUUGUGGUCCUUGGGUUUAAAGAGAUAAAGCUGAUAAAUAAAUAAAAAGCCAUUUGAGUCAGACGAAAAGCCUGACAGUUGCAUUGAAGGUAAUGCUACUGGCAAGAUAUUCUUGAAGGAUCUGGGAUAGGAAAAUAUGCAAUGGCCCAGGGUUCGCCACUUAUUGACUUUUUGUCUGUGUGUUUCAUUGCAUUUUUAUGAUAUAUCCAUGGACAGCUAAUGGCGUGUCAUGCUGCAGCCUCUAUUUAUGGGAGACAAGGGAGUCGGGUGAUGAAAGAAAGGAACAAAAACAGGAAAAUGGAGUUAUAGAUUUGAUAUGGAUUUAACUGUCAGCUGUCAGGGUAAUGAUGAUGAUGCCAGUCCCUGUGAGGAUUCAGGCACAGACGAAUAUGUACUCGGAGGAUAUGACUCACUGGAAAUGUCCCCCACCCCACACACAUUCACACACAUAAACAUGCACAAAUAUAUGUAACGGCACCCAGAAUAUACAGACAUACUGCGUAUCUGCAUGCACUCAUUUACAUGCACAUGUAAUGUGUUACCGCACUGACAUAAACGUGCUCAUGCGCAUUUAAUUGACUGAUGAGAAAAGUACUUGGUGACACUUCCAGCCCGAGGCUUCAGACAGUAACACUCCCAUCAUGCUCUGCUCAAUAUCCCCCUGAACAAUUCAUAAACGUGAUGGAUAGAAAGAUUUAAAGGGGGAGGGGAGAGCAGUGUAGUAAUGUCGUCAUAUGCAGUGGCGGUAUCGACUUGUCUUUUUCCACACGUGAUUAUCACUCCGUCUGUCUUUCUUUUUCAUCCUCCUUCCACUCUGUUUCAUCUGCAAACAAAUCAAAAAGGAAAUGAGUAAUGGGAAUCCAUUGGUAUUCCUCUGUGGAUUUAUGGCAGUUUACCUAAUCUACCUGUCCUAACUACUUAUCUGCAUUUACCAAAACAAAAAGUCCAGGUGAAACAGCGCGCUGAUUAGCUCGGCGUAGCAAUGUCGCUAAAUAAAAGUCAAACGGGAUCCCCAGAAAUCACAGCAAGAUCACCGUGUCAAACCAAAAGAAAGUGUUGUUUCUAUUUUUUUUGUAUUUUAGGUAAUUAAAGAUGAACCAGGACGGUUAGCAUGUUUAAAAUGCCCACACAUUGCUUGCUAGCUAACAUUCUGUUGUAGCCCGCUCGCGAAUUUUUUUGGAGGAGGAUGGUAGGGGAAGGUCCCGCCCUCCUUUGCCUCUGAUUGGUUUUAAGUGCUGGGCUCUGAUUGGUUAUUCCUUAUGGCUGUGAAACAUCAUUGUCUAUCAGGUUAGGGUUAGGGUAAGGGUUAGUGUUAGGAUUAGGGUUAGGCGAUUCAGAAGUGCAAUAAUGUUCUGUAAUGUUCUGUUCAAUGUACAGAGCCGACAGCUCGCGUUUGGCUUGAGCUUGUGAUGACGUUUCCAGCUUUUCUAGCCAAUCAGAGGCGAAGGAGGCGGGUUUUCCCCCUAUCAUCCUACAAGAAAAAAUAUUGCAUCUGUUUAUGAAGUGCCCUUUUUUCUGUGUUAAUGGUGAAUUUUAUUUGAUUGUGCUCUUUCCUUAACUUUCCAGUAGCUUUUGAAAUUUGCUGUGUAUUAUGGAUGAAAACAGCAGAAGUUUAAGCCACUCAUUCAGAAAAAAGUACAAAUUUAGUAGAUUUCAUCAAACACAGAUAAACAUCUGAUCACCUGUAUAUCAUCUGGAUGUAGCAUUUCAUUUAUUUUAACUCGGUCACCUUAUAUUUCUGGUUUUUAGACUCAGAUGUAGAAUUUCAGCCAAACAGAAACCGAUUAACCAGUUUAACCAACACCUCACUACAAGUCUUUUCCUGUACUGGCAGAAAUCAAAAUCAUGAUACUUAAAAACUUCACAUCUUCAAUUAGUGUCUCAGAAUAAAAUUGACCUUUGCAGUGGCAGAAAUCUUAAAUUCAAAGACUUCAGUCUGAUCUAAUGUGCAGUGUGUUUUCUUUGUCGUCUUAUGUGUCUCUAUUUUGGCCUCCUUAGAUUAUAAAAUCUCCUGAUCAUUGACGAAGGCAUGAAAGGAUUUAACAUAAACUUUAAAAAUCUGUUAGCAACUUUUAGAGGCUGCUGUUUUCAUGCUCCUGAUUAUCUUGAGAAACCAGAAUUUUUUUUUCUUUUCAUAAGUGUAUUUUUGGGCUGUUUAUGCAGGAAAAAGUGAAGUGAGAGAGGACAAAGUCAUGUGGCAAAGGGUUGCGUUUAGUUAUUGACUGCUCUCUGCUAAAAAUUGCUCUAACGUUGGUGCUUUUCAAAGGCUAUUGACGUUGAACACAUUGUUGAAAGAAUGCCGUCUACAAUUGCUCACUUGCUCACAAAGGUGCUCAAUAUGCAUGUUCACAAUGUCCAAUGGUGUUAGAUGUAAUUUGCCGAUCAAACGCUGUCGCCACCUCCUGCUCUGUCACACUGAUGCGGUUAUUUUCUGUGUUUUUCUGUGGUUGGACAAACAUUAUAAAACACUUCUGGCUUGGAUAGGAACUUGUAUUUUUUGAAAACGGAGUUGGAAACUGUUAAAAAUAUCAAUUUAGUGAAGAUACAGAUUGAGAAUCGGGAUAAUUUGGGAGAGAAAGAGAGAGGCUCCAGCGACUGGAAUAAAUGAGUGUGUAUGCAUGAGCAGCAGAGGAAAAGACAGAGAAAAGAGAGCAAAAGAAGGGAGUCUUAAAGUGUGAGAUGGGCCACAGAUGGAGAACUUGUCUGUGUAGCACUUUCAGAUUUUAUGAUGUGUGGAUGCUCUCUAAGUUAUUGCUCGGAGGAAGAGAUCACAUACGCUCGGUGAAAUUCUUUUUCUCUCUUUCCUUGUCUUCUCCUCUUGCUGUGAAGUCCUGGUUAUUGUUACCUCCCUGCUGUCGUGCUGUUAUAAAACAAGUCGACUGAAAAACAGCCCUUCCUCAAAAACAGCCUGUGACUUAAAAUAAAAGACAUUUUACAAGUAAAGGUGGAUCAACACGACAUGAUUUUUUUGCCACAUUCAAACAACUUCUGCUGUUCAGGAAUCCAUACCGACAUACUUUGCUUUAUCCGCUGCUGUGAUUAAAUAACAUCUUCAUAGGAAAUUACAGCAGGAAAGGAAAGAGAUUCAAUACGAUCAAUCUCAAAACCAAACAGGUUGUCAGACAGGUUUCUACUUCAGCUGUUAGUGUCCCUGAAUUGAUAAAUGGCACAAAAAUGGCAACAGUUUUUAAUCCAACGUUCACAAUAAUCCAACAUUGCUGCAGUAUGAUUAAGUAUUGAGGCACUUUUUGGUGGUUCCUUCUUUUUUACUUUGCUUUUACUGCAUCUCAGUUUGCAGCUCCUCAUUACAUCAAUAAAGGACAAAAAACAAUAAUUACAAACUACAAAACAUGGAUGUUAACAGUAAAAGAUUUUGAUUGCUUUGAAGACCAAAGUUGCAAUUGUUUCAUGAGGACAAAAUUCACCAGGCUGGACUUUAUACAACUUAUGAAAACAAGCAAAACAACCAAGAGUCAGACUUAUUAUUAUUCACCAUGUGUAUGUUGUUCAAUGUUCCUGUCAUCCUUGUAACAGGGGCGUGUCUAAAGUAGGUAGACAGGGGUGGCACAGACCCUCCUUUAAUUCAGAUUGCCCACCCCAUAAGCCACACCAAAAUGCAAGACUAUGAUUGGCUGUUGACUGGCCUGUCAGAGGUGAGACCAGUGUAAAUAUCUGUAGUUUAGGAGAGUUAUACGUUGUCUCUUAGUUGUGAUAGUUUUGUUGGUCUUACAGUUGGAGCUACAUUGAAGAAAACAGAUUCACACAAGUAUACUGUAUUGUAAAAAUCUGGCCAUUUCACUGCUUUCAUACUUACUGUAAUCAAACCCUGUUGUCAAGGAUGAAGCCCAACAGGUGGAUCUCUUUUGUCAGUAUCAGGAUCAACCUGAGCUCAAUCUGAUUUGAAUUGAUCUGCUUUUCUUUCCAUCUGUGUUUAUCCAUCUGAAAAUAAUGAAGUUGUAAGAAAAUACAGUUGGCCUAAAGCCAAAAACAUACAGGAUCUGUAUUGAGCGCAUUCCAAAUUUGCUCUGUAGAGCAGUGUUGUCUAUUUCAUACAGGAUGCAUAUUUGGAGCGCAGCAGCAGCGUAGCACAGCCCCGGUCAGCCGGGCUCAGUAUAAAGGAAACAACAUGCUCACAACAGGUUGUUUUGCCUUUCUGUGGUCGAUUUCCUGCUAAUUUGGAUAUAAUUCAGUGACUGUUGAGCCUCUACUGUAUGUGAAAAAGCACCGUGACUUUAAAGUUUCGGUUUUGCAGGUUUACUCGUGUUUAAUAAAGUAAACUAUGUUCCUUUAUGCUGUGCUGUUACCUUCAGACAGAGUUAGCAAAAGUCCUGCUGGGGUCCACAUGGAUCAGGGAUUAACCAUCGGGUUGCUCUGUGUUACUGAUAAAUCCAUAACCAAGAAGUAAUUCUCAUCGACACGAACUGAUACACAGUUGGAGUUUGCAUAUGGUGAUUUAUUUUGAAGUACCGGAUGACGUGCGUGGUUUUUCGUGCUUGACUUCCUGUCUAGGACGGCCUUCUCUGUGUGGAUUGGAAGCGUAGAGCAGCAAAAAUAGACUCGCCGCGUAUCUUUAGCAGUGCUGCUCUCAAUACGAUGCUGCGAUGGAGCUGAUACACGUCCUGUAUGUUUUACAUAAUCUUUUGAGUUUUUAAUCCUUCAGCCGUCUUGAAUUUGAUGGUUUUUAAUCAUGUUUUCUUUUUAUAUUUUAUUAAUAAUGAUUUUUUGCCUUUAUUCUUCUGUUAUCCCUUCAUGUUCACACUUUUAAUAAUCCUAAUUUGAUCACCCCCUCUCCGUCUCUCUUGUUAUACCCGGCUCCUCAUGCGCACACGCGGUAAGCAGCUGUGUCUCCUGUGUGCAUGUGCGCACCUAAGUGUACAUUUCCCUGUCCAAAGUGUGGGCACCAGCUGGGGCCACCAGCUGUGUGUGUAGUACAAUGAGCACAUGCGUGUGUGUGUGUGCGUACGAAGACCCAUUUGCAGGUGUGGGCACGUUCCUGUUUUUUCUCCGGCAGCUGUGUGUUUAGUGUGUGUUUGGUUGCAGACAGCUGUUUAGUAGCAGGUGAUGAUUUUAGGAGCCAAGCAGACAGUCAUCCAGGCAGGCGGCCAGGCUGAGCUGAGCUGGGCCCCCAUGAUGUAAGCAGGCCUGGGUUGGGCAUUUGCUCAACCCGGGCCUUCUGGUCCUCUGCUGGAUGGCUGCUGGUUCAGAGGGGACCCAGCUGUGGGUGUCAGUGUUUACACAGAACUCUAAACCACCCUGACUCUACGGACAGAUGACUGAAUAAUAUUGCCUAUAAAUCAGUCACAGUAACACUUGGGUCUAAACUUAGAGCCUAAACUGGAUUUUAAAUGUGAACUGAUCAGAUUAGCAUUUUGGUCUCUGCUCCAUGAAGCCGUGAAAUGACAGACAUGAGGAAAGAGGUAUAGAGAGAGGUUAAGCAAAGUGAUGGAGGAAGGGUGGGGUUGUUUAUUUGGAGUGGAAAACAGUAUAGCUCUGGCAAAAAAAUAAGCAAAUAUGCAAGAAUUAAGUAAAUAAAGAAGAACGAAAGAUAUACAAGAUAACAAAACAGCAGAAACUGUAGCUGUCAGCAAAUUGUUACUCUAACUGCUGCCUAUAAAGAGUGAAUAGGAAGCGAAUGGGACCCAUAUGGUUCCCCACAGUCACUCCAUCUAUAUAGAAGACCUGUCUAAAAGCUCAUUAAAGCCUUAUGACACCAGCCUUACCUCUACUAAUAAAAACAGACAGAUGGUUAUCAAGCCCAAUGAUGAGACACCAGCUGUGCUCAUGACACUCCACAGCAGAGAUUUUCUUUUCAGUAGGAAAAACAAGCAAAAGAAGACUGAGCUCGCUUUUUGUUUAGCUAUGACUCUGGUUACAUAAGAUUUACUAACAUCCAAAGUUAAACAGAAGGACAAAAGUGAAUAUCCAGCUUUGAAAAAUGGUGCAGAAUUUUUGGAUGUCGAUUAUUGCACUUUCAAUUAAAUUCAGAUUUAAUGCAGAUAAAUACUUUAGAUAAUUACAAAUGGGGCCCAGUCAAUGUAAAGGAAAAAGCAUUAGUGCUACUGUAGAUGCCAACAGACUACCAGCAAACACAAUGUUUGCAGGACUUAUACAACCAGUAAGUGGUAAACAAUUUAGUAUUGCUACAACACGCAGCAGGUCUCAUUUGACAAGAAACACUUCUGUUACAGACACUUGGCUUACUUUGUUAAAGUGGUUUACCUGUCCAGCAGAAAGGUUACAGGGUCAGUAAGAUCCCGAAGCGUCCCCCAUCCAUCGUUUAUGCCAUGUUGACCCGGAGUCUUAGCUCUUGCCCAGCUUUUUUAGCGCCUAUUAUUCCGCCAGAGUCUCUGGUAUUUACUUUGUUUUCUUGCUUGUGUCGGCAGUCGUGGUUAAAGGAGGAUUCUGACAAUUUUCUGUACUUUCUGGUUGGUUUCUACUGUCCGAUAUUGUAGCAUGCUAACUUUGUUUGGGCUUGUAAACGACACGGGGGAGCAGCGUCUGCAUCACAACCAAUCAGGUUUGGGGAGGCAGAGAACGGCUUUGUUUACAGUCAGAAAGAGCGGGCCGCUCAAAAAAUUUAAAAUGUUGACGACACAGACAGAAGAGAAAACAGCGAUAUUGUUAUAUUACCAAAUGUCAUCAAUAACUAAUACCUAUUGACUGUAUAUACACCACAAAAUAAGAUGCUUCCUUUAUCGAUUUCUGCCUACCCCACCUUUAAGUCUAACCAUUUUUAUCUGUAGGAUUGUAAAUGCGGAUAUACAACCUGCUUAUUAUCUGCAUGGUCUGCAGGCGCCACUGAGGACAAAGUGCAGAGAGGAUGCAGUUAAAUGAUGUGAGGCUUUCAGAAACAGAAACGACCUACGCACUUUAGUCCUAACUUCACAAUAUCAUGAAUGUGUAAUUUAGCAGAUGUGGUCAUAUAGAAGGGAAACAUCAUAUCCAGGUUUCUGUCAGACUGAUCCUCAAACUAGCUCCUAAUAGAUACAUGAAUUCAUUAUGGCCGCUUAUACAUUAGGAUCCAUGCAAGACAAAUGUAUUUAAAUGCACAUAACAGACUAGAACUUGCCCUAAAUCACAAACAAAUGCACAACAUAAGAAUAUUAAAAACGUCGUUUUCCCUGGAAUGAUCUGAAAAAUGGAAAUAAAGCCUGAAAAUAGCACUGAGCGCUUCCAGGAAGAAUGAAAGGUUUUAAGAGUAAUGAGAAGAUGAAAAAAUGAAGCCAAGAGUAGCAUGCUCGCUUACACAAAAACUCCCUCUCACACGCAUGCAUCAUAUGUGCGAUGUGGGCCAUUAGUCUAAGCUGUCACUGAAUAUACUAAGCCGAAUCAUUAGCAGGAUGGUUGUCAGGUGUGCUUGAGUGGCCAUUAGUGCAAGAGAGGAUGGCGAGGAAGAAAAGCUGUAGGAAGAUAAUGAGUGAGACUGAGUCUGCGUUCGCAUUUUGCUAAACUCUUAUAUGACUGGCCAUUAAACUGAGAAUGUGCAUCGCAUGCUGUUUGGAUGUAAAAGGAGAUUCAGUGUGAUGUUUUUUUUUUUUUUUGGCUUAAAAUGACUAAAGCAGAGCAGUGGUUAAAUUUGCAUGAGGAGCUUUCGUUAAAGGUGGCGUGCGGCGAAGAAAAGGCUGCGUUUCCUAUUACCCAAUAUCACCCAAUAUACCACAAAGAUGAGGCUCAUGCUUCACUCCACAAUCAGUCAUCGGAGAAGUAAUACAGAAUACAGAUUUUCUAUUCAAUACUACUUUUCUUGAGGGAAGCAGAGUAACAAGGUAACGUAUUGAUUGAUAGCUUCAGUUUCAUGCUACACAUCACAGGCCCAGUGUCAUAUGUGUGCUCAGGUGUCCCUCAGGUGUUUGAAUCAUGUAAAUAUGCACAUGGUCGAACUCCUUUGUCCUCGAUCUUGACAUACACUGGAGGGGAGUGUUGUGAUGGAGUUCAAACUGUACCCGUGAUUUGUUUAAGGAGCACAACCAUAGCGAAUGAAUCAUGCGCUCACACUGUGAGGUCUGAUUUUUCAAGCACAACCUGGUUAUUCACACUGUACAGAUGAAUAUUACAUCAGGGUCAGAGCGUGAACAGCCAUCAACAAAGUCUCCUUUGGAAACUGACAAACAGAAGUUGAAGUCAAUGAAGACAUCUUUACAAACAGAUAUAAAGCACUGUCGGCUAAAAUCAUCACCUCUCUGAUGCAUGAUCAGUAGGGGUGCACUGAUCACCGAUCUUUAAAAAGCUUGACCUGCCGAUACCUAUUGAUACCUUUUAUCAGUACUGAGAACAUACACCUUCGAUGCUCCAAUCUUAUUUUAAUGAACAACAUUAAACAAUACUUGUGCAGAUAAAACAAACACAUAAAGGUUUGUAUAGUUCCUCAUGAGGUAGUUCUCUCAAAUAUGAAUUAAAAGUUUAGAAUAUUGGUGUCCAAACUACUAAAUUAUAUCAGUUUGUUUAGUCUUUUAUUUUCCACAUUUUAAAAAUUAACAAUACUUGUGCAACAGGUCACACUGCAGGCCUGUUUUGAUAAUAUCGCAGGACGGGAAAUGUCACUGAUGUGGACACUUGUAUUGACAGGAUACGGGUUCGAAAAAAAAAAUUGAUGUCCGAAAUAAUCGCACGAAAAAAACGCUCCCAGUGUGAAAGGACAUUAAGUUUGUAAAAGCAGGAUUUUCAUGAGAACUGUUGCAUCAGAUUGUCCUCCUAAUGUAAUGUCUGAUCAGUUUGUACUUCAGUUCACAUCAGAGCGUGUCACCAUGGUGCUUUCACCGACUGUCUGCUUUUUUAUGGAGGCACAAUCAGGACAAAAUGCUCUUAAAUUGGGAAUUGGGUGGUGGUCAUGACUUGACCGUGUGAGAGCACCUGAAUUUCUAACACAUAAGAAAAUUAUCCAACCAGUCAGGAGCAGAUGAUGAGGCUGUGAUUUGCCCUCAAGUGCCCUGAACACUGCAUGACGAACGACAAAUAAUCAAGCUUAAAUUCAGUGCAACUUCAAAAUCCGUCAUGUGAAUGAAGCUCUGAGAUAGAAUUAGCCUCAAUUCACACGGUGUACACCCAGCUUGUGACUUUGUGUGAGAUCGUGGCAAAUUGUUUUUAAAGCUGUCAAAAAGCACACACACAAGAGUAGUAGAAAGUGAGUAAAAUGUUAAGUAUUGCAGCGGUUUCUUUCCAGCUGCCAACCUGAACUUUAGACACAUAUCUCAUCACCUAUAUGCCCCUGUGAACCUUCAGGAGGAGAUCCUUGUUGACAUAGUAUUGUGCUCAUGUACCAGAGGAGUGCAACAUCUUAAAUACAACAUGUUUUUUUGUAAUGUUGUAUUUUUAGAGCUGAACUCAACACCUUCCAUGUUUUUUCUCACAGAAUCUCAUGAUGGAAAACAAAACUCACUGCAGGAUCAAAUCUAGAUUAUAUAGUUGGGCUCAACUGUCAGCUCUUCGACACUUUUGCUUAAUUUAGUGUUUACCUUUUGCUUUAUUCAGAGUCUCCUAUGACUCGAUGGUUUGAUGAAUUCCUCCUACAGAAGUCUUGGUUGAAAAUUCUACAUCCACUUAACUUACAUGAUCACUGUCUUUACAUGCAGUACAUGUUUUCAUGCAUCAAUACCACAAAGUUUAUCAUUUCUUGUUAAUUUUUUCUCUCUUUUCUGAUUUUAUCGGACAUUACUGCCACGCCUGACAGCCGGUCUUGGUGCCAGAUUCACAUCAAUAUUCAAUUCCAAUGAUUCUGUGUCACUGCCUGGCUGCCACAAAUGUGUAUCCGUCAUCUGCGGUGAACUAUACACACUGUGAGAUUAUUAUUUUUUUUCUAGACAGUCAAGGACAGUGUGACAGAAUCGUUAAAAAAAGGGGGAAUUCAUGUGUGUCUGUGGCAAGAUAAGUAUUGAGCUGUCUAAAUGUCAAGAGCGUGUAAUUAAAGACAACCUGAGUGCUGUCAAUAGGUGAAGACUGCGACUGGGAACAGUGGUUGGCUUGAGGUUUCGGGUGUAAUUAUGGACCAUAGGGCUUCUCGACAGGUGCAUGUGCACAUUAUGGAGCAGAGGUUGGAGGAUGGUUGCACUGCACUGUUAGAUUGAUCUGUGACUACAGGUGUGUGUGUGUUUCCCUCAGUGUAUGUGUGUUCGCGCUCCUCAAAUCCACCAGGAGACCCACCAGAACCGCGGGAUACAGUAACAGGUGGCCAAAAGUUUUUUUUCUCCCUGUCAUUCAAUCAGUCUUGUUUUCCAGCAUUGCCACAGUUGCUUUCAACAUCCCACAGAAUCUGGUUUGUACCGGUGCGAUGUGUGUGUAUGUGUGCGCUCCUGCAAAUUGACUAUCUCUGCAUGUGUUUGGUAUUGUGUUGUCGUGCACACGUUGUCCUCGCCUCCUUUUCCUCCCACUGUGUCGAUAAUGAAAAGCUAAAUGGCCGGGGUUAGCGAUGAUUAAAGAUGGACGGUUACCUUGGAGGAGAAGGGGAAAACAGCGGUGGGGAAAUGACAGUUUGAGGUAAAUGACAGCUCUGCUAUGUUUAGGAUAAAUGGAUCGUGCGGCUAUAUUCAGCCUUCGCCAUCAAUUAUUCAAAGACCCACAGACAAGACAAAUCCCCUGUAACUCAGACUCCUCUGCAGCAGGGCAAGUGCAACUUUAGAAACCUGGAGAUUCACCCAAGAUUUUGUUUUUAUGAUCCCAAACUGUACGAGUGCGAUUCAUUAGCUGUUCAGGGUUAGGUAUCUCUGUGAUGUAGCUCUUAAUUGUGAGCGAAUCAUUAGCGACUGUGUAUGUAAUGAGCUUAUUAUGGAGGCUAGUUAUCUAAAUUAUCUGUAACAUGUUUGAAAUGUUCCCCAUGAUUCUCCACCACUGUGAAGAAUCAGGAUAAUGACAGGUGCGAGCAAACCGCUCAUUCCCACGAUGGAGGACGUGUCUGCAUGUGUGUCUGUGGGCGUGUGUGUGUGUGUUUGCUUGUCUGCAUUUGCAUGUAAAUGAUGUGACAUGUACUGCAUGUCCUUGUGUCUGUGCGCUGAUAGUCAUGCAGGAAUACGUGUACAUUGGUAAUUUUAUCACUGGUCUGACAGGGUGCGCUGAUUACAUAUGGGCGAGGGGUCAUUUGUUAUUUAUAAUGAAUGUGUGUCCUUUAUGCAGAGGACAGUGAGUUAUGUAAUCUAAUGAGAUGACCGCAGAAAUGUCAGGGUUUUGUAUGAUUGUGCGUCACUUUUUCACACAUUUCCUGUCGUGUUACUGACACGGCCAGGUAAAACUGUGACUCACUGAGUUGAAGUUGAGACUUGACUGAAACGCCAACAGUUUUUGAUGGGACUUCUAUUGUCGACAGUUGGCACAGAUUUUACGCAGGUAUUCACAGCUGCUAGACAAUUAAGGGAAAACUUCACUAUCUUUAAUUAUGUGUGGGUGCUUAACUGAUGGGACAAACAAUUUCUGAAAACUGGUCCAGCACUGAGGAAGAUUGGAGAAGCCAAACUUAAAUAUAAUUUACUGCAUAACCCAAAUAUUUACCCUGUAUUUUUUUUCAUUAAAAAAUGACAGCAACAGUUUACUGAACCGCAUAUUUUUCUUCCUACAUUUAACCGAUAUAAUUUUUAAUUAAGUUUAGUAAUUGUUAUUUAAUAACAGUAUCAAUAAAAAUAACACGUAUAAUAUUAUGAUAUACAUGUAAAUCAUUAGAGUCGGGGAAGGGGUAAGACUCGAUAAGUUUCGACUUCUUCCUUCUCCUUUUUGAACAUGGAUAACUUUGUAUACAAAAAAGGAACUGGGCCACAAGAAGAGGAAAAAUUAAUUACAAGAUGGAGAUUUUUUUAAUUUCCAUUUUGAGAUUAAAGUCAAAAUUUCGAGAUUAAUAAAUCAAAAUUAUGUCAAUAAAGUCAAAAUUUCAAGAUAAGAAAUUUACAUUUCGAGAAUAAAGUUGAAAUUUUAAACAUUCGAAAAAUUUUGACUUCAUUCAUGUCAACUUUAAUCUCGAAACUUCGACUUUUUAUUUUUUUCGUCCCAAAAUUUUUCCAUUAUUCACCAUAUUCUGUCAUUUUGUAAUCUCGAAAUUUCUACUUAAAUCUCGAAAUGGAAAUUUUUUAUCUUGAAAUUUCAACUUUAUCAACAUAAUUUAGAUUUUUUAAUCUCGAAAUUUUGACUUCAAUCUCCUUCCUGUAAUAUUUUUUUUCUCUUCAUGUGGCCCUAAUCCCCUUUCAAUUUUUAUCAUUUGUUGUUGUAUUCUUUACUUUUUUGUAAUUAUUUUUUAAUUUUUUUUAAUGUUCAAAUAAACUUCAAUCAAUAUUUUAUAUCAUCUCUAUAUGUUAGCUGACCUGCUCUCUCAUAACCAGCAUUAACAUCAGCCUGUAAAACAGCUACUAUUAGUCAAUCACAGCGUCAUAUCUUAACAAUGUGAGGCUAUUAGCAAAUGCCUGGUUACAUAUUUUGGUGUACAAGUGUGUAAUCUGACAUUGUGUUAUGACAUUGUGUUCACACAGCGGGAGUUUUACAUACACUCACUCUCAUAGCUAUCGUAACACAUCAGGCACCACUGCCACAUGCCUUUGUGACAUUUCAAAGGUGAGAUAUUGCAGGAACAUAAAUAUCACAGCUUGAACUGGAAAAAAAACUCAGACAUGCAGUCUUCUCACAAAAUAGAAUAUGUUCUUCAAUAAUUUAGGAGGGUUGAGUGAAGGUCUAUAAUUUGCGAACUUGGAGAAAUAACAACUCGUGGUCUGAAGUGACUUUUGGAUGAAUGGUCAACUGUACAGACAUCAUAAAUGCAAAUCCGUAUCUAUCUUAUACCACCGCCUACACUUAUGUUAAAAUUCUCUUGACCUUAGAGCUUUUCUCCCCAUAGGACUCGCCUCCGCCUAACACUUAUAAUGUGAGUGAGUCAUUUGAAAAGGCUAACGGACGUCCUUACCUGCAACCCCGCAGUGAAGGAGCCAGGAGACGGCAGAGCUGCUUCCUCUCUGCCGCACCACGGGACAACGUCUUCCUGCGAUGUGACCCCAGCAUACCAGGUUACACACACAUCCACACAAAUACACACAACAGCAUUAUACUAAUAGAAACUGAUCCACUUCAUGCGGAUGGGGGAAAAUCAAUUCACAAAAGUAGCUGCAUUUUUGACGGGAUCAGUUUUUCCCUGGGAUCAAUUUAUUUUGAGAUGGCAACAGAGUGACAUGAUGCCUGUUUCCAGAAAAGAAAAAAACACUGAUGUGUGCUGGGAGCAGCCAAAAAGAGUUCAAGCCCCAAUGGUUUUCCCAGAAAUGGAGAAUUUUAAUCCAGGUUACCAAUAAACUAAAAACGCAGCUCCAUCCCCUGUCAGUCUCUGUGACUGAAACAGCAAACAAACGAACAAAGUCUUUUUAAUGAGGAAAUAUCACCAUCUGUUAUUUCAGCCCAUCUGAGAGAAGUUAACCUGCAGCAAGUUGUUGUUGUGUGUGCGCGUGUGUUAAGUCUCAUACAGCUGUCUCACCUCACCUCCCCUCGUUGAGCAAGUAUAAUAGACUGAUAAUUAGCUUACCCCCGCUCGCCCCGGACCAAAUUGGGGUCCUGAGCAGAAUUUGGUUUGAGUCCCCCCCUUCCCCCUGGGCUUACAAAGUCAGUAUAUAAGAAAGUGAGUGUUAAAUUUGAAACCUGCUAUUUGUGCAAAUAGAUUCUUGGUAACUUUGUGACUCUGUGAUAGACAGAUUUUUAUUAGAGCAAGACCUCUGUUCAGGAGGAAUCACCAUCCAGCAACAAAAAAUAAAUGAAGCAAAAGAUGUUUUCCAAAACUCUGAAAUCUAUCUAUCUAUCUAUCUAUCUAUCUAUCUAUCUAUCUAUCUAUCUAUCUAUCUAUCUAUCUAUCUAUCUAUCUAUCUAUCUAUCUAUCUAUCUAUCUAUCUAUCUAUCUAUCUAUCUAUCUAUCUAUCUAUCUAUCUAUCUAUCUAUCUAUCUAUCAACUCAUUCAUGUUUACUCGCAGACCUAACAGCUCCACCUUUUCACCAGCAUGCGGUCCAAUUAGCUCCAUCUCUGCGGGCCCCUAACCUAAUAUUUACCUCAAUUACACUCCCGUUGAAAAAUGUUGUUUCAAAAUUGAUAGAUUCAUGACUUACUUGGAUAAUUUAUGAGUAGCCCCAUUUCACCAAGGGACUCAACUCAUGAGGCACCCCAAACCGUUUAACCAAAAUCCAAUUUGCAUAUAAAUAGAUUUGGACUGUUUGCAAUUGUGUUUCUUCUUAAUACACACCUCCGCCGCCGCACACACACUGACGCAGAUGUGCACACACACGAGUGUGUGGAAAAGUCGUGCGCUCAAGCAGACUCACACUGGAACGCACACAUUGAUAGGUGUGCUGUAAUGCACACAUAUAAUCAUUUUUUCAGGUUAUUAAAUUUUCAUUUAUGAGAGGGCCCAUAUAGAACAUCAGGGGGGCUCAUAUUCCUCAUCAUGCAGGGCCCCCUGUGACCCGAGUUUUUAUAAUAGUCCUAUGAUUUAAAGUCUCACUCCAAUCGUUUUUUUUUUUUUUUACUUCUUAAAGUGUUCUCAGUGGUCUUUAAAUUAUGAUUAUGAAGUUUUUAGCCAAAAUCACGUUACAUGUGUCAUUUUCAAGGGCUUUUCUUCCUCAGAGCUCCAGUAGUUUAUUAGCACUUCGCCUCUGAGUCUAGGGCGGAGACAGUACUGCUCUGCACACUCCUCUUCAUGCUAGUUUGCAGCCUAACAUUGCCGAUGUAGUAGAAGUAGCAGGUAACAUCGGAGCGAUUCAGCUCUCUGAGACAAAUGUCUAUAUCAUAAUUAACUAUAUUACAGGCAUUGCAAUCCGCUGCCACGCACUUGUUGCAUAGAGGGGCUGGAGGGGCGGAGCUUGGAGAUGCUUGGUGAUGUAAGAAAUCUCACUGUGUCUGACCCUGCCGUUUGGGUCUGUCAGAGAUUCACAACGAUUUGAAUGCGGAAAUACUCAAAAAUGCAAUUUCACACUUAUUUUUCUCAUGAUAUGUAGCAUCAGAAAAAUGCCUCAUGAACAUGUAAAAAACAGGAAAAACAUGAUUUUAAUUGGAGUGGGUCUUUAAAGGGAUAUUUCGGCGUAAGAUCAAGUUAGGGUCAAACACACCGUAACACCGAGUAAGACACCCCCUUGGGAGAUGAAUGUUGCUUACUGCUUGCUUUUCUAGUCAUAAAAACUUUAGUAAUGACCGCACGAUAGCAAUACACAGCGGCCUGAGGAGCCAUAAACAAACCUCAACCAAAACACCACUCUAUAGCCACAAAUAAUGCUCACAACAUCACCUAACUUCAUCAACAGUACAUAGCCACCAAACAUCUUUUAGACUUUGCCUAAUUUCUUUUGCAAAGAGACUAAACACAACUCACUUACUCUCUUCCAGCAGCCGCUUGUUUGUAGUGAGACCUUGACCAGUCCAUUACUGACUGCUGCGGGGUGACGCAGCUCAAGGAAGAACAUUUAUGAUCAUUUCUUUAUUAUUUCCUUGAAGUAAUAAUCAUCAUGUUAAUCUUUUUGCACUGCAGACACAGUAGUUCUUUUGCCUUAGCAUCUCGGUCUGAUUGCAUUUUCAUGAAGAAAUUAAAUGAACUCGGUGUUACGGUGCAUUUGACCCUGAAUUAAUUUUAGCUGGAAUAUCCCUUUAACUAUCUAACAUGUAUGAAACAUGCAAACUCUCUGCAGAAGAAGUUUGUCUGUUACAGUCUGCUCAGAAAUGUCUCUGUGUGUUUUAUCAUGAGUGAUGCUGUUCUUGGUUGGUUUGUGUUCGUGUGUAACCUUAAACUCUUUCUGUUAGCGCAGUCAGAGUGGGGUCAGAGUGCUGAGCUGUUCGGUUGUAGCAGACCGGUGAUGGAUUCUCUUUUUUAUUGUCCUCGUCUGUUUUCUUAAUGCUCUGAAUAUAGUCUGUAGCCCCAGGGUCCAUUGGAGCAUUUCAAAAUCAAUUGUAGAGUUGUUUCUGUAAUUUCUGAAAAGUUGGCAGUUGAUGUUUUAAAUAAUAAAACGGCUUUAUAGAGACGCUGUUGCGUGUUGUCGAAACCCUGAGGCUCUGCCUCUUCAUUUUGAGAAGAGUUUUUCCAGGCUUCAGUGCAAGUCUUUCUUCUUGAAAGAAAACAGCUCGUGUUCGUGUGCAGCACAGUAAAUGUGUGUGCAGUCCUGUUUUAAUGUGUUAUCUCACCAGUCUGUCUUUUAAUAGGCGCAUGUGAAUGCAUAUUUGCAUGUCUACUUUUGUCUGUUUUCAAAGGUUUUUCUCAUCAUGAAGACUUUAUCAGUAAAAAGUGAAUUCUAAUCCCGUCAGUGUUUUUGGCUGCAUGCUAUGUCUUGAAGCUGGACUGUGGGGUGGUUCAGAGCUCUGUACUCUCCGCUUUGAUCACAGUACAGCUACAUUAAACUGCAGCACAAGGAAAAAUGAUAUCAUGCAACGCCAGCCCAGUACAAUGCGCCAAUACUGCCAUGUUUUCUGUGUAAAGAGCAGUAGAUGAGUAAAUCGAAAGCUUUAUACUUUCAAGAAGGAAACUGAAUUAAGUCUUAAAGUUUACUUGAAGCAGAAUAAUUUGUCCUCUUCUUUAUAUAACAGCUCAUACAAAGUCUCUGUGUAAUCUGUCACAGCACCUUAAUGUUACUUUUUCAAAGGGUCCUCAAUUCUUUGAUUCUCAGUUAGUGGAUUGAGACCAAAAGUAGAUCACAGAUGAGCCAAAAAAGUUUUCUUCAAAGUCUUUGAUGCUUUUAUUUUGAAGGUUUCCUAUGACACUGUGCGCCUGAAAUUUUAUGGAUGUGAAAGUAGAUCCUUUGGCUGGAUUGGUUGAGAACCUCCGAUUUAAUUAAUCUUAGACACCCUGGAAUAAUAAUUAAUAUCUUAGCAUGUGUUUAGCAUGCAUCAGACAACUAACUAUAAGCUAAAACCAUGGACUGCAUGAAAGUUUGAUUAUUAUCUGUAAUCUACCAAAACCUUUUUUUUUUCUGUAUACUAUAUGUCUUCAAAACUCUCUUUCUUUACACACUGAAUUAGUUAUGGAUUCACAGGGUUCCUACGAAAGUAUGGAAAGUAUGGAAAAGUAUGGAAGUAGUUUGAUCAAUUUCCAGGUCUUCAAAAGUAUGGUAAAUGAGAAGUAUGAAAAAAUAUUUAUGUUUCCAGACUAUUCCAUAUUUUAAAAUAGAGAAGUAGGCAUUUCCAAGAAUAAUUCUAAAAAGUAGGGUAUGGAAAAGUAUGGAAAUUCCAACUGUGUAGGAUCUCUGGAUUUAUCUAAGAUACUUUUGUUUGUAGAUAUCUACUUGUCUUCUUCCUGCCUCUUCAAGCUUAACAUGAAAUGAUACAUAUAUGAAUGAAUUAUGUGUGUGUGUUCUUUAGGUCCUGGCCAGUAUGACCCCAGUGUGAAAUCCUCCCCUCAAAUGGCUCUGAUCUCCUCCAGAGAAGAUCGAUUCAAAGUCUCCAUGAACACCAAUCCUGGGCCUGGAGCUUAUCAGGUAAACAAGCUUUUAAGCUUCGUUCUACAUAACUCCUUGAGAGAGGAUGAAGAGACCCGAGCGUGCGUAUGGAGACCUUGUUUGCGAGUCUGUUUGUGCAUCUUGUAUAGGCAGAGGAGGCCACAAACUUGUAUCUGAGUUUUGUGUCAGAGCAGAAUUUCUCUGCGACCUUAAGCCGUGCACAAGAAAUUCUUUGCUUUGCAAAAAAAGAAAAUCCAAACGUCAAUAAAUUUCUGUGGUUUUGAACAAUCUCCACUUUUAUAGCACAAGGCGGAAAGAUGUAGUCGCCCACUUGAGGGAGCUUUGUGAAAGAGUCGUCCUUUAAUUGAGCUGCCCGCUUCAAUGAAAUGUAGAAAAGUGAGUGCAUUUUUAUUUAGUGUAAUGUUGUUUAAUGCAGCCACCACAGACUGCUGACAGAGACAAAUGCACUCUUUGGUUGAAGCAUAAUACAGCUGUAAUGAAACCUAACCACAGCCUAAUCUGUGUCUGCUCCAUUUCAGUGUGUUUAAUAUAGAUUACACUUUUGUGUUACAGCUGCUGGUGUGUGUGUGUGUGUGCGUGUGAGAGUGUGUGUGAUGAUUGAAAAAGUGAACGUAGCUUCCAGUCCCUGCCGACUUUGAGAAGUGAACAUCAAAGACAAAAGCGCAGAGUUUGAUUUAAACCUCACUGUACAGUUCAUCAGCAUGUUCAUGUCCAUGGGUGCAGUGUUAUCACAGGGCUCUCUGUUCUCUUUUUAUCUCCCUCUGUCUCUCCGUCUGUCUGCUGUCUCUCUGUGCACUUAUCUCAACUCUUCCCUCUUUUGUCUUCAGCAGCUCGCUGUGUCUCCCAUCAUUGCGUCUACCUUCAUGUCUCUUCAGUCGGCCAUCAUUUCUCGAUUUCACAGUCACGAUACUCCGCGUGGUGUUAAAGGAAUUACCUUUGGUUCAUUCUUGGUGGGCAUUUCCACUGAUAUGUUUUAUUCAUUUUUUAAUUAAAGCGGGAGUGUGAGACACAGAAGAUGGUUUAGCUAAAGAAAGAAACACAUCAUGUUGGAAGAAGAGCAAGUGAUGUGAAAACAAAUCUUUCAUAUUUGUGUCACUUUUUAAUUGCUUUUGACCAACAGGAUGGUGAUAAAGCUAUUGUAGCACUUGAACCUGGAAACUGUAACCUAAAAGAACAAGCUCUGGUGUACAAUGCUGAGUUCCAGUAACCUCGGAAGUCGGAUGUCGGAGCUGGAAAUGACGCUAUGCCCGAGUCGAUGACGUUCCAGUUAACAAGUUGGAAAACGAAGUUGGACGCCUACAGUUAGCCGUUAACAAUUGUCAACUGUCGUUAGCGGUUGUCAGUUGUUGUUAGCGGUUGUCAGUUGUUGUUAGCUGUUGUCAGUUGUUGUUAGCGGUUGUCAACUGUAGUUAACUGUUGUCAGCUGUUGUUAGCCGUUGUCAAUUGUCAGUUGUUGUUAGCGGUUGUCAGUUGUUGUUAGCUGUUGUCAUCUGUUGUUAGCCGUUGUCAGCUGCCGUUAGUUGUUGUUAGCUACACCAGUUGUAAACAACGCAUAACACAGUAUUUUACUCUUACAAACACCACCACUGUGUUCACAUUUAGACAUUGGGCAGUACAACAUAAACCACUUAUUUUAUUUCACGAAAAACAGAACAGAAGUGCUGAUAAAUAAAACAUUACGAGAGCUUUUACUGUUACUAUUUACUUAUGAUUCAAUGCGCUGCCAUCUUGGAUUAUGCCAUCUUUGAUUGUCUGACUUUCCGAGUCGGAAAUCGGACUUAAGGGGGGCAUUCCAGAUGAAUUUCUGCCUCGGAGCGCGAAUAUUUUCGAGUCCAACUGGAAUGCAGCACAAGAUCCCAAGAUCCUCUUGUUUGAAUUGGUUGUGAUUGGAGCGUGGCAGUGUUUUAAAAAGGGAACUAUUUUCAAACAGAGAGGAAGUCAUCAGACACAAGUCCGACUUGAGCCCUAAUUUCCUGUACAUGACUCAGAAUUGGGGUAGGGUUCAGAAGGUGGAGGGACUGAUACCUUCUUUUGUUAGUGUGAACAGGUACAUGUGUUCACCUAUAUGUGUGCGCUUGCACUGGGCUGACCAACAGUUCCUACCAGGAUGCUCAAAGUAGUGCCACAUAUCCUGUGAACUGCUUCUCAUCAUUUUACUGCAAAUUAAAGCUAAAGAAGUGCAACAUGAACUGAAACCAUCAAAGGAAUUUUAGGAACAAACUCGGACUUUAUCUCUGCAGGAUGAACCCUGUGUAGUCAGGGAGAUGCUAAAGUUGGCCCACAUGGACUGGUGGUUACGUUACUAUUAGCGAGCAGUGUAACAGUGCUGUUAGUGACCAGGUUCAAGAUGUUCAGUCAGGUACAGUUCUGAUUAACACCAUGUGGGCUGCAGUUAUGUUUGACUUCAUCAGAAUCAAUGAGAGUGCCCCACAGAGAUAGUUGUGGUGCACAUUUAUCCACAACACGCGGUAAGUCCAGUGAAAAGUUUGGAGUAAAACAGCACUCCUUAUAAUCAAUAAUAUCUACAGUCAUGUGAUCAUGUGUGAAUUUGAGUUCUUGUGGAAUUUGAUUGUUUGAACAAGUUUUAGUUUUACUGCUCAGCUGGCAGCUGAACAGCUGAUGUAUAAACCGUUGAUAGCAGCGCAUAGAUGAAGCAGAUAAUCUGCAGAGCUAACAAUCAAACAAACAAAACCGCGUCAGCUCUGAAACUUCUCUUUUCAUCACUUUUUUUCACUUUUUUUCUCUUCUUUUUUCUCUGUGCAUGACUUUUUAAGGAGUGAUGCUCCCCCACAUUGACAGAACAGGGUUUGUCUUUUUUCCACAUGCAUGUCAAACCCUCUGUCAUGAUCCUAUGUAGCUGCAUGCCUGUGGAUGUCCUUUCAUCACAGUAUGCUGUGUUUUACUCCAUUUAUCUGCUCUCCUUCUCUGCCUGUUACCCAGUCUUUCUGCUCCAUUAUUUUCUGCUUUAAGUGGAAACUUCAGCUGCAGAAUUUUUUUUCCAGCUGAGUGUGAUGCAAGAAUAACAUUGACUGUAUUGAGAAGGUGAAAACGCAAUACAGAUUGCAAACUUUGGAGGUGCGGCGUGUGCAGGGAAGCAAUAGGAUCCAUGUCCUUUCAACUUACAAAGAGACAUAGUUAUCUUUCUCUUACAACAGCAAAGAUCCUUCAGGUCAGUUCCGUCCACAGCAGAGCAGAUUAUUGCGUCUGUUUUGUGGACUUUACUUGAAAAUUUAAUAUUUUAUGUUUCUGUGUUUGUUACAUUUUCUAUUUUGGUUUAUCCGCUGCUUUCAUCCUACUCUGAACAUCAAAUAAUCAUUUAAAACAAAUAUCUCUAAAAAAUUUAAAUGUGCACUUAAAUCGGUAUAAUUAGGCAAGGCAUGGCAAGUUUAUUUCAGCAACAAGGCAAUAUAAAGUGCUCAACAGAGACAUGAGGAGAAUCAUUACGAAGGUCAGAAAGAAAACAUCUAAAAAUUUUAAAACAUUUCAGAGCGGCCUUAAUUUCAUUUAACCCAAGGCUAUGAUCAUGUGGUUUUUUUUUUGUAAAAGAUAAUUUUAAGAUAAUUAAAAGAUAAAAUUCUUAAUUUUUUUUUAAAUUAAAGAACUCAGGUGCAGGCAGGUUGCAGGAACAUGAAUAUAAACAAUCAUAUGAAGAAGCUGCAGGCGAAACACAAAGUUCACUCACGAUAAAGUCGCACUGAAGUCAUGCAGAUUCACAAACUGGUCUUGUCUUAAUCAAAAUAAAGUUUGUAUUUAAUUCAACUCAGAACGUCUUUCCAAGGAUUAAAACUCACAGACUGGUCUUAUCUGUGAUGAGUCAUAGCCCGAAGCUAGCUCAGACCGCCAACGCAGGGUUUUCACCUCAACACUGUUGAAUCACAGAUCAAGUCACAUUUAGCCCUACUGUCAAGAUACAAAUUAUUCCUAUUUGUUUAUCCAAUUGUGAUUAAAUUAUUGAAACUUAUCUCAUUAGUUUAAUUGUUUCCAAUUUCACCAGUCGAAGUGAAGCUUGUCUGUUGUAUUAAUUAGAUUUAAGGCCUCUAGCUAUAGCCAUAAAAAUCAAAGCAAGUAAAAAAAUCUAAUUAAAUGAGAGAAAAACAGCAAAUGCAGAAGUAAAAAUUUCUAAUCUAAUUAAUCCAUUUUAAUAAGAGCUCACUGUUAUGAUGGAAAGCAUGUGUAGGAAAAAAAGACACGUAUUUUAAUGUUCUAGUUUGUAUUUUAAUGUUCACGUCUGUUAACAUGCAGGAAACAGGCUUUAUGAUCUGUCACCAGGGGGAGCUCUAUACACUUUGGCUUCACAUUAGAAGCGUAAUUAUGAUGCGCCUCCUCCUCUAUAGUCAAUGGGCAAAAUUUAUCCUGCAAAUACACCACACAUCUGAUCAUAGCUGAAGAAGGAAUUAAACUACAAGUGGCAGCGCUAAUGUCUUUGCCAAUUUGAUAUUUUAAUUAAAGUCCAAAAACUGAGCACUGUAAUUUCAUUUUUGGGGCCUGCAAGAGAUAAUGACAUCUGCAAAGCUAUUCUGCAACAUUUGGAGUCUUUUUGUAAGGGUUUGGACUUCAGUCACAAAUCUAAGUUGUGCGAUAUUUAUUCACCCCCAAUGAAUACCAUUUGAAGACAUUAUGCAAACACCCUGAAAACUGUUCUCAGUCUCUGGGACUUCACUGACAUCUGACUGUAUAUGUGGAAUCUAUAAAUGCUGCAUGUACAGGGUGAAAAACUAUUAACAUUAAUCAAGAAACAUGCACACAUGCUGUGUUGAUGCCAUCUGUGGGAGUGAGCCAUCAGAGUUUAGCUUCAGGAGGUGUAGCUCCCUUUUUCUUUGAGUUGAACGCAUGUCUAAGCUCUUGUCUCAGUGAUUAGCUGUGUGACUGUGAAUCUUUACAGCAUCACACACCGCGCGGAGUUAAAGACGGUGGGAAGUGGUGCAGAGAGGGAGAGGAACGAGAGAGUGUCGAGAACAGGCAGGAAAGAGAGAGAGAGAGAGGUGAGACGGGGAAUGAGGUGAGACGGCGUCGCGGAAGUGAUGGAAAGUGCAGAGGAAGAGAAGCAGCGAGACAGACAGCAGCAAAUCGAGCAGCUAAAGAGGGUAGUUAAAUUCAACAGCUGAAAAUGUGCUCUGAGGGCCUGCAAUCUGAAGCAGACGGCGGCGUAAUGGAACAGAAGCUAUUUGAGCAUUAGAGUGUGCAUAUGUGCGUCCAUCCAUACGUGUGUCUGUAAUAUCACACAGCUUUAAGCUUGAACUGCAUUAGGUCACAAAGAGGACUCAUUAGGUGUUUCCAUCAAAUGCACCAUGUGAAGCGUCUACUUCGACAAAGCAGGCUCAGUCAGCCCUCUCACACAACACUGUUCCUACUGGUCAAGCUCAUUUAACAGAGAGACACGGAAGGGUUAAAGAUAAAAUACAUAUAUUAAAAAAACACCUAAGGGACUAGCUGGAGGAAGCAAAUAUUAAUUAAAACUGUGAUAUUUGCGAAUAUAUAAAAGCGCUGAGUACAAAGCACAAGUUAUUUAGAUCUUUAUGAGUCAGAGCAGAAGGUGUCCUUAACACUGCUGACAUUUUAUCAAACCUUUCUCCGGAUGUGCUGUUUUCAUCCCCAUAUGUGCUUCCUCUCCAUGUGUCCGUGUGAGGGUUUUGUACAUUUUUAUGCUUCCGUGGAGGAAGCACAGAUACCCCCCUCAACAUGUUUGCAUAAUUUUUGUUUAAGUAUGCAAAAUGAUUUCAUUAUUUGGAGUGCGUUCAAUUUUGAAUGUGUGAAACCCUGCUGAGAGCAUGUUUGGACCAUGAAAAGGAUGAGAAAUACUGGUUGGUAGGGGGAAAAGCUGAAUAUUUGAUGUUGUUGGUUUGUUAGUGUGGGUUCUGGCUCGAAUUUUAAGGAACAUUUUGACUUUUUUUUUCAGUUUUUUUUUUUUUUUCUCCUUUUAAGUGGAAAUUCAAUUCGGUCAAGGGAUACCAGGUCUUGGACUUCAUGGUGGUCUCUGUAUUUCUUAAAAAAGGAAAAAGAUAAACAUGAAUUUUUUAAAACUCUUGCUUCUGAGUCCAACCUUAAGCACAAAUAGAUGUAGCCCGCGGUAAUGGUCAAUGUUUAUCUCAAAAAUGUUGUUAAAUUUGCAGCUCCUGAUUCAAAAACAGCCACAAAGACAACAUAGAUGGGAACAUCGGUUAAAAACACACUGACAGCUCCAAUCACAGCUUAUGAUUGUGUUUAGCCACUUCCCUCUUAACAAUUACAUCUAAAAUUCACAAAUAAACAUGACUUAUUAUUCAAUCAUUUAUUUUACAGAUGACAGGAUUCUUGCUCUCAGCUUCUUGGAUGCGAGCCCUAAUCCAUAUGGUGUCUUUUUAAUCCUUUUUUUUUCUUCAAAUCCUGCUGAAUUAGUCCGCCAUGUGUUAAUUUGUUUAAUGAAUACUUCUGGUCCACAAUCAGAUUUCUCUUCCUGCGACAGGAUUUGGGCUCAUCUCCCUGAUAACAAGUCACCUCGUUGGAUGCUGAAGUUGUUGUCAUAGUGACGGGUUGAAGCUGCCGGUGAUCAACCUUAAAGGUGGGGUAGGCAUGAUCUGAGGAAGUGCCAGUUUUGGGGAGAAAUCUUGAAUGUAAACACUACCCCUCCUAAUCAGUUUUCCCCUCAGCUCCUCCACUUCCCUGCCUCUCUGCUCCAGCAAGCCCCGCCCACCAACAGACACUUCUGCUCGCUCGUAUCAGCUACUGUAGAUGCCAACAGACUACCAGCAAACACAAUGUUUGCAGGACUUCUACAACGAGGAUAAAGUGACUCCAGGACCCGAGGUAAACAGUUUAGCGUCACUACAACACGCAGCAGGUCCCGUUUGACAAGAAACACUUUUGUUACAGACACUUGUCUUACUUUGUUAAAGCGGUUUACCUGUCCAGCAGAAAGGUAACAUGGUCCGUUAGAUCCCGAAGCGUCCCCAUUGUCUAUGCUUUAUUGAUUAUGAUCUGGCUUUUUAGCUCUUGUCCGGUCUACCUCCUUUUUAAGCGCCUGUUAUCCCAGCAGAUUCUCCGGUAUUUACUUCGUUUUCUUGCUUGUGUUGGCAGAAAGAGUGGGCAGCUCAAAUAUUUUAAAAUGUUGACUACACAGACACAACAGAACACAGCGAUAUCGUUAUAUCACCAAAUGUCAUCAAUAACUGAUAUCUAGUGACUGAUAUUAAAAGCUUUUUUGUUUGUACACCACAAAAAAGGUGUUUCUUUAACAGAAUCCUGCCUACCCCACCUUUAAAGCAGAGUACUUUACUAUUGUUGGCUUGAAUGCUCAUGUUUACUCUGUUCUCUGGCUGUUUAUUCCUUUCCCUCUGCAACAUACAGUUUAUCCAACACAUUAUUUUAUCACAGUUGACUCAAAACAUUCAACUUUUACCACAAAGCUCUCUUGAAACCCCUGUGGUCCAUCUCUGCUAUCCAAUUUGCACCUGUAGAUGAGGGAGAAUAAUUAUUCUUGUCACCCCAGCUGUGGAGAUCCUGGUGUUUUUAAGACUUAAAUGCCAAACAUCAACACUGUACGCAGUCUGCAUUCCCGUAAUGAUCCGUUCCACCUGCGUUAGCUGACUGAGGUGCUGAUGAAACCGAACCAUAUGCCUCUGAUCUUUUUUUCUCUGUGUUGCCUCUGCUAAACAAACCUCACACGCAGAGGCAGCAGAUAAGAGAGCACCUUAACGAAUCAUUAAAACUGCACUGACAACCAGAUGAGUUAGCUGUGAAAGUAUGAUGACUACACUGUGCAGUGGGAAGCGAGAUAACAGUAAUCUUCCAGCGUGAUGAAUGUGCAGAUUCCUGCUGUCCUGCACAGAAUAAGCAGCUGUGCUUUUGUGCUGCUCGUGUUAUGCAUGUACGGGAUGAUGCUUGUGUUGUUUCCUUGUUCGUGUCAGACACUGUAUGUGUGUUGUGGGAAAGACUUUGCAUCCAGUACUCUUUAUUCUGCGCUUGUGUGCACGCUUCACAUGUCUGCGUACAUACAGAGUAACAUCAUCAUUGUUUCCCUGCAUGGAUCAGCUUCACCCUCUCCCCCUUUGACCCAGUGAAUCAGCCCGUAAUCUCACCCAUCAUUGCCAUGCCGGUGGUGUAAUCACUUCCAAGGGCUCUUCCUCAUCCCCCCGACCUCAUGGGCAACCCUGAGGGUGACCUGGAGUUGAACUCACAACCCUUUUCCCAUUAGGAUCAAUAACUGAGAUCUGAGCGGCCCCGCCGAUGUGCCUAAAUCCUGCUGUGGCACCACUGGCAUACUGAUGUGUGUGCGCACGCUGGGAGGGAAGGGAAAGGGAGAGAGAGAGAGAGGGAGUAGAGCUUUGAUAGAAUAUGAGAAGAUUUUUCAGGUAGCACCUGAGUGGGAGGAACAAUAGGUUCAGAGGGUGUGUGUGUGAGUGUGUGUGUAAUGUACAUGUCACAUGCAUCUACAGAAUAUCUGCAUGUGAGAGACACACAUUUACUUGUCUCUGCUUCUCAUCUUUGAGGUGAAUUAAAGGUCAGACUUUGAAGAGCACAUUUUAUUUAUUUCUCUUCCUCAUAUCAGCGUAUGUAGGUCAGGCAUGAAGCAGACAGGCUGAUUUAUUUUAUGUUCUGCUUUUUCCAGUGACAUGAUGGAGGUGCACUAUUAUUACCACUUUCUCUGUAAGCAUAAAACCGAACCCAAGUGGCCAUGCACUGUACCAUGUGGUGUUGUGCUGUACAAAUACAGUUUACGUCUCUUUAUAAGGAUGAUUUUAGUUAAUCCUGGCUCAUUUCCUUGGACAGUCUGGUACAUCUGGAGUGGUGUGAGCACUCUGGUAUGGAUCAAGAGCUUAAAAACAGGGGUCUGGAUUGGCCUCUAAGUGAACCCUUGAGGUGUGAAAGUAAUGUGGACCAUCUUGGAACCCAAAGGCAGGAAGUGGCCUAAACCCUAGUACCAUGUGGGUUAUUAUCUGCGUGUCAGCACCUAAUCCUGCAUCCUUGUAACCAGGGCGACACAUCAUUAUCUGACAUUACUGACUGAUUUGAUGGCUUAGAAGUGUUCAAGAGACUUUAAAUUUGUGGUGUAUCAAAGGGAUAUUUUAGGGUCAAACACACCGUAACACCGAGUUAGACACCCUGUCGAGAGAUGCACGUUGCCGACCGCUUGCUUCUCUAGUUAUACCAACUUUAGUAACGACCGCACGAUAGCAAUACAGAAAGCCAUGCGCUCAACCAAAACGCCACUCAAUAAUCAAUUUGCACUGUGCGCUGUAGUUCUUCUGUAUUAGUGUCUCUGUCUGAUUGCAUUUCCAUGAAGAAAUGGUCAUAAAUGUUCUUCCUUGAGCUGCAAAACCCCACUGCAUUAGAUGGACUCGCCCGGAGGUCUCCGUAUAAACAAGCGACUCGACAAAGUUAAAAAGAUGUUUGGUGGCUAGUGCUAUGGCUGGGACCAUGUAUGUAUUGUUGAUGAAGUUAGGUGCUGUUCUGAGCAUUAUUUGUGGCUAUAGAGUGGUGUUUUGGUUGAGCGUGUGGCUCUCUGUAUUGCUAUCCUGUGGUCGUUACUAAAGUUGGUAUAACUAGAGAAGCAAGCGGUCGGCAACAUUCAUCUCUUGACGGGGAGUCUAACUCGGUGUUACGGUGUGUUUGACCCUAAAUUUAUCUAACGCUGGAAUAUCCCUUUGAAGACCCACUCCGAUUAAAAUCAUGUUUUUCCUGUUUUUUACAUGUUCAUAUGGCAUUUUUCUGACAAAUUAAUUUUACGCCGGAAUGUCCCUUUAAUGUGUUUCCCUUUCUGUUGUCUUUGUUUGUGUGUCUGCAGUUGAGUCCAGGUCUCAUGAACACAGUCAUGAAGGGCACCUUCAAUGUGACGCUCAACAACCCUCUGGGCCCCUGCUGCUCCCCUCGCGUGGCCCCUGGCCUCUUGACUGCCCACAAGACCAUUAGCACCAUUCCACCUAAUAUCUCCAACGCCAGCAGCACUUCUUAGAUCUUCAAGAAGGGGUCAAAGUGGAGGGGUGAAGGUUGAGCAGGGUUAAAGGUCAUCACAUUUUAUUUCAUACUCUGGAGAAAGCUGAUUUCCAUGAAUAUUUAUGAUUCUGUAUGAUUGCUUAAUGUAAUAAAGAAAAUGUACUUGC